ACACUUGUUAUCCCUGUCCUCCAUGGAUGGAGCUAGGUUAGCUUAGCUAAUUUAAACUCUUGUGAGUGUGUCAGUGUGUCGUCCUCAGUUUGUAUAAUGAAGAAGGAUACCGACUGAAGAGCUUCAGCCUGUGAACGAGAGGAAACCCGUAGCUUUUUUCCCCACCGCAGCCCCUCGCGAAACUAACAUGAAACUAUCCUGAAGUUAUUUCUGUGAAGAUAAAACGAUCCAAAAGAUGAAGUAUGUGCUGCUGCCACAACCUGGGAUAUAGCUGCGUGCCACCUCGAGGGAGCUUUCGUGUUCACCGGUUUAUCAAGAAGUUGAAUUCCCAGGUAAGGUCAACCCUGUGCUUGGGUUUGGUGUUAUAUUUUAACAAAGUAAUGGACCACACGGAGCCCAGUGGAUUAUUUUAUGACUAAAAGGAUUGUUUGACACGAAGAGUCGAGCACCUCUUCAAAAGGGCAACAUUGUCUAACUUAAUACGUUGUUACAGGCGGAGAUGGUUUCCAUUGUGCUCCUCUACAUUGUUGGUGUGUUUGAUUCUCUUACUCAUAAGAGCAUUGAGGUUGAAGUCAGUAUGUCUCGAGUAUGGCAGCAGGUGUUCAGGCAACAUUUAAAUUAGUAUUUUUCUCUCUCGGUCAGUAUUUAUUCCUAAUCUAAAUAACCAUCUUGUCAAUCCAGGAGGUGUACUCAGAUUAGGAACAAUUAAUCCAAUAAUUUCAGGCGGAAACGGUAAAAUCAUCACCACAGUAUGACUUGAAAAUCUAUGGUUUGGAAAUAAAAGUAUUGUGAUUUUGAUGUAGAUAAUUUUAACAUUUAUAAACAUUUUUAAAAAAGCACUUAUCUGUCUUUUCAGUGAGGAUAUUUUUAUGAUCGUUUACAAAUAAGAUACCAUUUACAUAUUAGUUUAAAAGUGCAUUAUUUAGUUUAUUUACAUGUGUUGGGUGUCGCUUGUAUGGUGGCCCUGAAGGUCAACUUUACAAAAAUUUCAUGAACACCAAAAAACAUUUAACUGAAAGCUGAGGCAAAUUCACAAAUACAAACGUUUCAUGAAACUCAAAGCAUCUAAUGAAAGUACAUUUUUACCAUAAGAUAUAUAUUUUAUGGACAGCAAUAUUUUUUUACAGAAAAUAACCAACCUGUCAUGGGGGGAAAAAUUGCUAAUUGCAAAAGAAAUUCAUCAAAUACAUAAGCAGUUAAUGGAGCUCAGAAAAUUUAUGAAAAUAAAUACAAAGUGACAGAUACAAAACAUAUUAAAAACAUUCCACUUAACAAAAUAAUAAUGAGACACAGGAACAUUUUAUUAAAUGCAAAGUAUUUCACUGAAAGCAAAAAUGUGUAACAUAACACAAAAAUAUUUAAUGGAACAAGCAAGGCUAAAAAUCCAUGAAAGAGAAAUAUUUAUUCAUAUUUAUUUAAAUAUUUAUGCGUUUAAUGAAGUAGUUUUGGAUAAUAUAAAAUGUUUUUGUGUUUUUACUCUGUGUUUACUGAAAUGUAUGCAUGUUGUGUUUGUGUUCCCUGAAAUAUGUUUGUGUGUUUGGACUGUUUCUCUGUUUCAUGAAUCUUUUUUUGAGAAUUCAUCUGUCCAGUUGCCUUUCGGGGACACCGUUCGAUGCAGUGUCAAUCCACUGGUAUCUCAAAUUUUUCCGAAAAACAUUUUGGUCAUGAAAUUUGAUCAGGGGCCCAAUUCUUACUCAACUGAUAAGACGCAAGCAGCUGUGACUUUAGCAUAUUACUUGUUGAGGUUGACAACACUUAAGUUUCAGAAUGCAAAUCCAAAUGUCAUUUUCCAGUUUUUGUGGCGUCAUUUUGAUGUUACACAACGCCCUAGACAAAUUUCCCUGCAGGACAUCAAAGUUAAUCCUACUCUAUUAAACUGUCUGAACAAGUUUGUGCUUUCACAGAACCCUAUGGUUUGAAGUGUUCAAACACAAGUCACACUAUCAUACUUUUAUAGUAAUGUCGGGGUUUCAUAGUGAAGAUGUUUAAUUUAAUGCUUUAAACAAACUGACAUUCACAUAGUAGUCUGUCAUAAGCUGUAAUAUUGGCCCAACAAGGUUAAAGGAAAUGAUGCACAGUGUUUGCUGAGAAAAUAGUUCUGUUACAUUUGUUUCAGACAAUUCUGGGAGUGUCGCAAAUUAUGAAAAAUAUGUUCUGCUGUGAAAAUAUACACCGACAUUAACAGCAUAAUAAUGCUAAAAUAGGAUUCUUAUAACUGUUUACCAUAGCUGUCACUUAUUGGUUUUGAAAACUGUGUGGAAAUCCAUUUUCAGGGGGAAUUCAAAUUAAUUGACAGGCUUGUAGUUUUUUUUUGUUUGUUUUUUGUUUGUUUGUUUUUUUUUGGGGGGGACAACAGUAAACAAGCAAGUUGUGAAGUUCAUUACACUAAAUCAUUCAGAUACUGCAAAUAGAGUUAAAUAUUACAAAAGAAAUAUUGAAAGACCAAAAACUUUUGCAGACAAGUUGACAAUCCAAACUUACUUAAAAUUGACUCCUGAACUAUAUUCUCCUCAGGAACAAGAUCUGCAUUAUUGCUUUACAGCUUUGCAGUACUUGCCUGUUUCUUUUGUCUCUAGAAUUAGCAGUGUGUCUAUGAAAAGUUACAGAAAAAUGUAUCGUGAAUCUCUUAUUGUGAGAUAGAUUACACGUGGUGCGCUGCAAAAAUGGUAAACGCAGAGACACAGUCUUGCUCUGUUCUUGGUCCUACCCAUGGUUCGUUGCCUUUGACACACUCUGCCUAUUAGAUUGCCUCCGUCCCUCUUCAAUAUCAACUUCCAGCUGAUCCAUGCUCUUGUAACUGGCUUAUAUUAGUUCAUCACAUCUUUAGCAACAACUGUUUUCUGUUUUGAGUCAUGGUGUGUAAAUUGCGCUGUAAUUCUUUUUAACUCCUGAUGCCUGUGGUCAUGAUUUUGCAACACAAGUGCAACAUGUGUUCAAAAUGUGUUGUUCAUAAGGAAGGUUGUUAUUAAAGUUUUAAAAAAAGAUAAAAUGAGAUCUGUAAAAUGUACCUAUAGGUGUAGGUGUUCAAGGUUUUACCAAAAGAGUGAUCAGUUCAAUAAAUAAAUUCACACCACCGACUGUUUGGGUCAGAAAGUGGGGUUUAGUGAAAAACAGUGAAACACUCUUCAAGCCACACCGUAUUUUAUGAAACGUAGAUUAGCUCUAUCAGAUUGGCAAAAUCAGGCGGUGCAAAGUAACUUCAAUUUAAUUCCAGGGCAUGAUUAUUUGACACCUUUCUGUCUUUGUCUCUCUACUUUUCUAGAACCAAAAUGGAUACUGAAGGUUAUAAGACUGAUCAACGCUACACAGAAGCAGACAGACUCUGGCAUGUGAAACAAAAGUCAGAAGAUCUGGAUCUGAGGAGCAGAGAUGGUGAGAGUUACAGCCUGGUGGAAGUUUUUCUUUCAGGAGGAGCACCAUGGGGAUUUACUCUCCGAGGGGGACUGGAGCACAGAGAACCUCUGCUCAUAACCAAGGUAAAUAACUUGAAUGACUCUUUCUUUGAUCAAAGACAAUGAGCCAGUUUGCUGGCUCCAGUAUGGUGGAGAGGAUUUUUACAUCUUAAAAAGUUUUAAUCAUGAUGUUAACCAACAAAAAAAUGCUGUACUCAUAAUUAUACCAACAAAUUUCUGAAGCCUCUCUUUGCUGUAGAUCUUUUUAGUAUGUCAAGACAAAGACUACCAAAUCAUUCAUCAUUUGCUGAGAAAAUACAUGCAAAAUAUAAAAUUUCCUGCCUUUUAUCUGUCUGCUUGUACUUUUAAGCGUUGGUAACUAAAACUUAUCAGCCCUCCCUAACUGUUGUAAAAAAAACUGAGGAAAGCCUCAAGCCUAAAGUGUUUAGAAACUUUUACAAGGGACACAACGUGCUACUAAAAGCUUAGACUCUUUGGCUUUGCAGGAGAGACACAGAGAGGGUUCUUGAAAUCUCUUAGCUAAGUGUCACUUAGUGUGUUUACAUGUUUAUGAAAAGAUGAAUUCAUUAGUCUAACUUAAUCUGCUUUUAAAAAACAUGUAAACAUGUUGGUCAGAAGUUCAAAUCACACCAUGUUGUAUCUCCUACAGUUGGACUGACAUACUCAGUGAGUUUGGGGAUUGAUUUUUUUCAUGCAUGUUUAGGCUCCACUGGACUGAAACUGGCCUGAGUGGUCUGUACAUGCUCCACAGUUUGCACGUCAGGCUUUGACCUGAAAGUUUAACAGCAUAAAUGCGUUGUAGGAAACCCCCACAGAAAAAGAUUGGACAUGGUAUGAGACGAAGCUGUCACAUCAUGUGUGUGACAGGUACAGAGCUGUAAACCCAUUAGUCUCUUGCUAAUGUGCUUUCAUGAUUGCUUUGGUACAUGAGCCUGACUUAACUGUGCAUGUAAACGUGCUGACUGUCUAUGUCACUCUCUACAUGGCACAGUCUUUUUUCCCCCAUAUGGGGUGUAAGGACACUAAAGAAUUUGUAGGUUCACCAAAUGAAGCAACAAGUGCGCCACCUUUAACCCUCGUCCAAUCACAUGAUGCCCAACACUCCUGUCAGUUUUAUGGAAAAUGAAUCAUGUUGGCACAGGCGCUGAUGUCGAGCGAAGUUAAAUAUGAUUCUCUAUGCAUGUGUUUGCACAAACUAUUGCUUUUGUCAGCCUUAUCUCAGACACUCAAAUUUAAUUUGAUUACUUCAUAUCCUGCCGUGAAAACGCUGCUCACAUAUGGUUGAUUUAAUCCUUGUUUAAUACACGGAAGUGAAAAAAAUAUUAAGUAAAGAUGAUGAUAUGAAACAUUUAUGGCACUUUCUACUUUUGUUUUUGUUUUUGUCUAAGUCAUGAAACAUCAGUAACUUUAUGUGUAGAUUUACACAUAACAUCACUGGUACUAGAAAACUACUCUAGACUCAUGAAAGCUGCAGAAAACCCUGAUUUAAUUCUAGGCACAUGUGUAAGUUCAAAAAAUUUUAUGAAUGCCAAUCUGUGGUGAAGUGACAGUGUGACACACAUAAAACAACCUGAUCUGAAGCUUAAAUCUGCUUAUUGCCACAUAAAUAAGCUAAAUAUGUGAUGUAUUGGGUUUUUUGGUCAUAUUUAAAUGAUGUGUUUCAAAGGUAUCUGCCUAUUGAUAACAUUAAAAGUCACAGUAUGAAUCAAAAUAGUAAUUUCUGGAAAUAACAAUCAAUAUUCAUAAGUAUUCUUCCCUUACAUGAACUCAACUCGUGGUCAGGGGCAGGUGAAGAUUUUGUGAGUUGCUAUGAAUGAGUCUGAACUGCUAAAAACAUUGAUAAAUAUUUGUUUGCCCCUAAAUUUUGUUCUGCUCACAGUUUACAUAAAUAUGUUGCUGUGAUCCCUGAAAUAUGAUCUGAUUUUACUCACUCAUAUUUUACAACCAACACAUGAAUUACCAUGAAAAAUCACACCUGAACUCAUAGCUCCUAGAUAGGCCUGUCACGAUAACAAAUUUUGCUGGACGAUAAUUGUGCUACAAAUUAUUGCCGAUAAACGAUAUUAUUGACACCGUCUUUUAAAUGAUAGAUAAUGAUAUUAAAUGGCAUAAUAAGGCGAGUACAACUUUAAUUUUCACCCACGACGAAGACGUAACGUUGACGAGCUAAACACAAGUCGGAGAUGACUAAAAUGUGACGAGACGAAAGUGCGUUUACGUUGAUGGGACGACACAAAAAUGACGAACAGAGUUGCAAAACUCAGUCAGUUAAACGCUAAACAUAUAGGAGCAGCUUCAGUCCGCUCUGACAGCUCUCAUCAGCCUGCUGUGCUCCUCCAACACACAGACACACACGAGCGCGCGCGCACACACGUGGAGUUUUGUGGUUGACGAAAACAAAACUGAUUUAAAGCCGAAAUAUUCCCACACUUGGGCUGUUGCGUUUGGUUUAGACACCAAAGCUGUCGUGUUCAUUCUGUUAGCUUGCUUUUUACUCACGACGCUCACUUGCAGCACUGUAUCCAAAAGUCUGUGUGCCUGUGCGCGCCUACGUGUACCUGUGCGCGCGCCCCCUCGUGACAAAGACACUGAAUGACUGACAGGAGGGUUCACUAACUCCGUUCAUUCCGCUAUAGAGCCAACGCUCCCAGGUGCCGAGAAAAAUGCGCAGAGUGACACCUCUUCUCUCAUCCAGCGUGUUUGGUAGCGAGAGAGGAGGAAAACAAACGCACGUCAAUUAUCGAGGCUGGCAAAAUGACCGACCUCGUUUUUAUUUACCGAGCGAUAAGGCGAUUUAUUGAUUAUCGCGACAGGCCUACUCCUAGAUUAUAAUGCCCGCUGGUGGUGAUUGCCGUGUUUUUCAAGAUAAAAGCCUAACCUGACUACAGCAUCCACGAGGGGGGAGGGUACCCAAACACAGAGCCUCCCAAUCAGCUCUGACAUCAAACUGUAGCCUCAUUUCUCUGUUGACUGUGUAAUGAUUUACCAAGAGAGACCUUGCAAGUUAAUUUGACAUGAUCACAUACCAGCACCUGUUUGUCAGGAGCUGUUGUCCAUGCUCAGUUUUGACCAAAACCAGGUCCAAAGUCCAGCUCAGGUGGACAAAACUCAGAAUCUUUGGCAGCACAUGAGCUCAGAGCGACAGAGCUAGGACCAGCUCCACUCAUGUGAUUGUCGGUUUUACAGCCAUUUACAUUCAAAUGAGAAGAAUUCUGACUAUUUUAAGUCUCUAAGCUUGAAGAUUAAAAGCUGUGGUGGUCACAUUGCUAACUAGUGUGAGGUGAACCAUUACCCAGUAGGACUGCAGUUUUUGGUUUUACUGUUAAUGUGCUGUCCCUGAAUGCCACAUGCGUACUCCAAGGACCAACAAAAGUGGACCUGUUUGCAUCUGAUGGUGAGAUUUUCAUUCCCUCAACUUUCAGAGAAGUAUUUACAUUCAACUUUUCACCUGUGUAAUACCUACCUUUAUGGUCAUGCUUUAACAGUUUUGGCAGAGUCUUGCCGGCUGGCACUUAAAAGACAUAUUUUAGUAAUCUAAUAAGGUCAAUCAGUCAUGGAAUAGACUAAACACAUGUUUGUCUUGAAACGUGUCUGAGUUCAGUUUGCGUGUGUGUUAUUAGAUCCCACCUGGACCUUUCCCUGCACUCUCAUAUUUUUUGAGCUGGGUAAAAUUUCACGGUAGACUCUGUGGUACCAGGAGCAGAAGAGGAAUGUUGGAGCUUUGUUUGAUUUUCUAAAUGUAGUGAAUUAUCUGUGACAGCCUGAAGCCCGCUGGAAUGGCGUGAUGGGAUAAGUGAAGUCAGGAUUAGUGAUUUGUGCUCUUUGGGAGCGGUUCUCAGAUUAUAGCCACUGAUUUACAAAGGUGUGAUGUUGAAUUAUUCGUAUUAACUUGAUAAAGUUGGAAGUGCUGAUCCUCUAACAACAGAACAAACCCACACCUACACUGUGAAGAGUGCACAGUGUGUCUCCAGACAUCAGAAAAAGGAGUUUAAGGCCUCUUCCUGAAUUAUGUCUGACAGACACACAGACUCAGCAUAAUGUCAGUGCAUUUUGUACUACCUGUUGUCCAUAUAUAUCUGUGCAGGUUUUUUUCAUUUGUUCAGUCUAUUAUAAUGUGGGCUGUUCUGUCACCUGUUUGUGAACUCUGUCCUCUUUAAUGUGACUACAUAUCUAUCCUGUCUGAACAUGUAAGACUACAGUAAUGCAGAAGCUUGACUGUGGUCACAAUGGAUGUUUAACUUUGUUAUGUAACACUGUUUUUUAACAGGUUGAUUAACCCGAAACCUCAAAAAUCUUUUUUUUUUUUUUUCUGUUGAGAAUGUAGGAAAAACAUGGUGUAGGAAAAAUUAUGAAUGUAGGAAAAACACGGUGUCUUAGGACGAUAGUUUCUGAUUUUAUUUGCAUGGUAUAAAUUUGUUUUUAAGCCUUCUGAACAACACAGCAAAACUGUGGAAAUUAACACCAUAGGUUGUAGCUGUUUUCUGACGUGAACUCUGAUCAUUUUUUUGUGAAUAUCAGGAGCUCUGACCCUUAUAUUUUCUUGAGUUGAAUGUUCACACUUGUACAUGUGACAAAAGCCUCGUCUCUUUGUCUCACGUAUCAGCAGCGUCAUGUAUCACGCAGCAAAUAGGUUACCAUUCUAAUCAAUGCUGCAUCGCAUAGAGGACGCGUAUCAGCUUCAUCUCAACUCUUUAUCAGAAGCGUAUCGAGCACAGCACUGCUAAAGAUACGCGACAAGUCUAUUUUUGCUGUUGUUGUUAUCUGGUCAAACACCUACUCCCUUACAGCUGUUUCAGGCAUUAAAAGUAAUAACAGAGAAAAGUUGCUGAUUGUCUAGUUUGCUUCUGAGGGUCAUAAAGAGGCAGUAUUAUCAGUCUCAGUCAGUUAACCAUUUGAACACUCCUCAUAGUGCCUUUAACAAAGCCACAGUAUCAACAAAUGAAUAGAAAAGAACUUACAGGUGAAAAGAAAGGUGUAAACGGCAGUCUCAUUGGGUUUUAGGUUCUUUUUAAUCCCAUUGUGUGCUGUAUUCCCGUAUUCACACGAUGACUGAGGAUAUCAUAGGGCUGCUCAACAAAAAUCAUAAUCACAUCUACUUUGAUUGAUGUUGACAUAAUGAUCAUAAAAGCCCCUGUGAGUAACUUUUAGUAUGUGUCUGUUUGGGCACCCCCUGUGGACAAAGUCAGUACUUGCCUAUCUCAUCCUCAUCAUGCUUUGGCAGUGUUGUCCCAUCCUACUGUCUUCUUACAAUCAAAUGGAUCAUUUUUUGUGGACAUUUAACAUGGAAAGUGUAGAAACUGUGCUUUUUCUGAAGCAGCCCCACUGAUACCUACCCUUUCACAGCAGUCUGGUCCACGAAUGUAAAAAAAAAAGGUCCUCACAGGAACUUCAAACACAGUUCUUAAUGAUUUAACAUUUGUUUAACAUGCAUUUAUGAAAUCUAAAGCCUCUUGAAAGACUGAACUCCCAUUGACAAGUGAACAAAAUUAUCCUCUAACUUGUUUGUUUAGCAAAGCAUCCCUGCCUCUUAGGAAAAGUCAUAAUCGAUAUCAAAACAGUGUGCUUCCUUUUUUGACUUGAGCGGAUGAUGGCACUGAGACAAAAACAAAACAUCAAGACGAAAGUGCCUGGACUUGAUUACAUUUAGUGACCAAAAAAAACCUGCUGUAUGUCAAACCCUAUGAUAAAAUUGUUAAAAAAUUAUAAGCUGGGUCAUUGUGAAGAUUCAAAGAUUAAAACAAGCUUAACCUCCCAGACCCUGGAGUUUAAAGUCGCUCUUUUACUGAAGGUGUGAGAUGAGCUUAGUGGACUCUGAAGCAGUAAGUCACAACCUGUUCUCAUCACCUACAUAGAUAUAUAUCAAAGCCUUUAAUUAUAAGAUAAAUCUCAUUUUCACGUGUGUCUUUUAUAAAAAGGGUUGUGUCAUUUUAUAAUGUUUAAAAAGCACAAGAACCAGCACGUCUGAUUUUCUUGUUUGUUUCCUGACUUGUGUAUUAUAUUUAAACUAAAAGAUAACAAAAAGGGCCCUCAGUUUGAUGAGAGGUUUGGAGUAUUGCUUCUUAAAAAAUCCUGGAGAAAUCCUGGAUCUAAUUAAAGUUCCUAACAUUCCUUUCAUAGCUCAGGUAAAGCUCGAGGUCUUCACAGACUUAAACUCCUUAGUCUCAAUAAACUUAUAUAAUCCUGUUUUACACAACACAGCUGGGCAUGCAGCACCUCAUACAUCUGUUUCCUCUGCCAGGGUCACCUUUAAUUUGGAAGAAAAUAUUGUUUGCUCUGGGAGAACAAAUAACAGAUGCACUGAAAAAUGACUCUGCUCUCAGGCUGUGAUAAAUCGCAUACAGGUAAACAGGUUUUUACAAUUAUUAAACCCUUGAGUACCUUUUAAAGUUCCCCUUUAUUGUUUCAGGAUUGCUCAACCUGUGGAGCAAAGAUGAUGCAUUUAGGAUUAUAGCUAAGUGUGCAGGUAUUGCUUUGUAUUUCUUACUACUUUCACCUGAAUUAUAGCUGUAUUAUCUUAGCACUACUUUUAAGUUUCAUUCAAGAGUAAGAUUUUUAAGUUUUAGACAAAAACAAGUCUCUUAAAUGGCUUUCUCUAAACAAUUAAUGCAGAAUAUUAAAAACAUAAAAAUAAAAUCAGAGACCUUCUGAUAAAGAAAUGUGAACAAAGGUCUGAUCUCACUCUGAGAUCAGAGUUGUGCAAAAUGAUCAUAGUUCUAUUACAGGGGUCCCCAACUACUGGGCCUUGGACCAGCACCAGGCCUUAGGUCAUUUUACACUGUGCUGCAAAUGGACCCAGUCGUGACUAAGAGGGUGGUUGUACUUUACAUAUAUGUGCUACACUGUACUGUUGUGGGUUUUCCUGGAAAUGACCAUCUAAGGAGUGUAACAAUCCUCCCACCCCAGAGAGAGAAAGCAGCUAAAACGAAGUGUUUCAGAUGGAGGCUGAAAUGAUAUUAUUUUAAUAUGCCACUGUGAGAAAUAUGAGGCUUUUUUCAUCUUAAAAUUGUCGUGUGAAGCUUUUAAAGAGGUAUCAGAAAAAUAGAGUCUGAAAAAUGCACCCACCCCCCAGAUGAGCUGUCAAAUUACAGCUGUCAUUCAGGGUAUUUUUAAGUAACCAGUCAGCACUGCUCUUCUUGUCCUCACUGUGAACAGCAUUUAAUUAUUUAUGUAAUAUUUUCUUUUUUAUGAUGCCUCUUUGAUUGGCGUGACCUAAGUAGCUGUCCUGACGACGUGCGCUCCAUGUAAAGGUUUACAGGGUGAAACAUUAAAAACCUACUCUGAUGAAAAUUAUGUUUUUUCUCGUUGUCUACAUGUUCUUAUGGCAUUUUUCUGAUGCCACAGGAUGUAUCAUGAGAAAACUAAGUGCAAAAUUGCAUUUCUGAGUAUUUUUGCAUUCAAAUCUCUGUGAAUCUCUGACAGACCCAAACGGCAGGUUCAGACACAGUGAGAUGUUCUAUGUAGAAAAUCCAAGCUCCGCCCCCAGAGCCCCGCUAUGCAGGCCAGGCUUGUAGAAGUAGAGAGGACAAUCACGGAUAAAAAGUGUGCUAAUUAAUAUUGAUAUAUGAUAUUAAUUUUUAUCAUGUCCCCAAAGACAUUAGGGUCUCAGAGCCGAAUAGCUCCUAUGUUAUCUGCCACUUCUACUACAGCAGCAAUGUUAGGCUACAAGCUAGCAUGAAGAGUAGUGUACAGCGCUGUCUCCGCCCACAACUCAGGGGUGAAUUGCUAAUGAUCUACUGGGGCUCUGCAGAAGAAAAGCCCUUGAAAAAAACACAGGUAAUGUGAUUUUGGCUAAAAACUUCAUAAUCACAAUUUAAAAACCACUGAGAACAGUUUAAGUAAUAAAAAAAAAGAUCAGAGUGGGACUAAAAUUUAACAUCACUGACUUUGAAAAACACACCACUUUUACUUUACUUUUACUUUUCCUAGCUUCCACUUUACUUAAAACACACAAACACACUUCUCUCCUCUCUUCACUGGUGGCUAAAACUGUGAUUUAAAUCACAAUUUAAAAACCACUGAGAACACUUUAAGUAGUAAAAAAAUGAUCAGAGUGGGACUUAAAAUAAAGCAAAGUAUAUCCUACAUUUAAACUGGUAUGUUCUUUAAGAGUCUCAAGUACAUGUUUCUCAUGACCUUGUCUGCAGAAGUACAUAGCUUUGCUUCAGCGUGGGAUCUGUGGCUUACUAUCACUACAUGCACCCAAACAAUAUUUAAAUGUUGGAAACAAAUUUUACAGCAGUCCAAGCCAAUUUCUUUAACUCCAUGAGACCACUGACAUCACCAAUUUACCCUUUAAUGUGAUUCACAUUGAUGUAUUCAUGUUUCAGUCCAAACUGAAGUGAUGGACAGACUGACAGGCGCUUCAAACAUCCGUCUGAUGAUAUAUUUCAAUGCUUCAGUGUCAGUAUGCAGGCAGUGUCUAAAACCACAGAGGAUCUGAGUCCAGUGCCCUGUCAGCAGAAAAGACACAUUCUUUACCCACAUCACCACCACAUCCUUCCCUUCACGUCCCUCAGAGAGACACAAGGCUAUUUUUGAGGACACUCAAGCAUCCAGGAUGGCUGGAGUCUGCCUGAUUAUAGCUUGGAGGAAGAUGAUAAACAAAAGGCAUGCUAUGGCUCAUGCUGAUUGGGCGACUGAGGUGACAGAUGUUUAGAAAAGCAGCAGAAAUCUCCUGUCUUUAUGCUUUUAUGUUCCAAUUCUCACCAUUUGUCUUUUUUUAUUUACACUCUCAAAUGCCGACUUAUUGUGGAGCUGUGUUUCGUCUGUGAUUGUUUGAAACAAAAGCAGCACUAUUGUGCAGCAUCAGGAGGUCACACAGGUUACCCUGCCAUCAUUUGUUUUUAUGAACUAAAAGUUCAGAAGCUCCUCAAAAACAGUCAUUACAGUACCACCAUCAGACAUUUUUCUAACUGAACUUGUUGACUUCUCAGGCUGGGACAGAUGUGAUUUAAGUCAGUUUUGUCUUUGUUUCUAAAAUAGGUACAGUUUAUUUGGUUUUGUUUUUUCUGCUUAGCUUCUGUUGACUUUUUCUUGCUCUCUUAAGCAACAGUUCAUCACCCCUGGCAGCAUAGUUUGCUGUUCUUUUCAGGUCACUUAAUCAGGUAACCAAAAUGUUCCAAAUGUUCCUGCUAAUUAUUUUGACUGCAUGUCAAGUUGCUUGCUUCUCUAGUUAUAUCAACUUAAGCAACGGCCGCAGAAUAGCAAUACACAGCGGUCUAUAGAUCCACAUGAAAAGGUCAACCAAAAAGCCACUCUAUAGCCACAAAUAAUGCUCAGAACAGCAUCUAACUUCAUCAACAGUACAUAUAGGGUCCCAGCCAUAGUACCAGCCAUCAAACAACUUUUUAGUUUUGCCUGAUUUAUUUAGCUUUCAAAGAGACCAAACACAACUCACCCACUCUCCUCCAGCAGCCGCUUGUUUGUGGGGGGAGCCCUGACGAGUCCAUCACCGAGUGCAGCAGAGUUUCGCAGCUCAAGGAAGAACAUUUAUGAGCAUUAAAUCAUGGAAAUGCAAUCAGACCGAGGCGCUAAGGCAGAAGAACUACCGCAUCUGUAGUGCAAAGUGAUUAUUACGAUGAUUAUUACUUAAAAGAAAUGAUCUGCUUCACUCUGUAAAUGACUCGUCAGGGCUCCCCCAACUUUCUUGAAACAUGUUGCAAGCAUCUGAUUUAAAAUUAGCAUUUAUUUUUCAAAGAAUAAAUAUCAUUUGACAGAUUUUUCAUUUGAACUGUUGACUUUGCACUAUUUACUGUCAAGUAUAGGGUUUAAAUCAAAUAAAGUUUUAUCAGCAAUUUACACAGGGUCCCAGCUCUUAAGGAAUUUAGAUUGCUUAAGUGUAACUACUCCAAUGUCCCAUUGAUCAAAUAUUUCUUCCAUGCUUUAAAGUCAAACAUUGUUCAUGUUGUCAUAACCUGCUAUGUCCUUUUGGACUGUAACUUCAAGUUCCUUUUCUUUUUUUGUCCAAAACUGACGAAACUUUGCCAAACUCUGGUACACGUUUGCUUUUAUUAGCAUGAACACACACACUCACCUAACCCUGACCCUAUUAUAAAUACACAGUCCCCCUGCCUCAGAGACAUUUAACAUACUGACUGAUGCAUUCCCAAACGUGCGGAGUGCCACAAACUGAGUAUGAAUGUAGUUACAGAUAAGAAACUAAAUAUCAGCCGAUAUUUCCUCAUUUAGAUUCUGCACCCUGGACCUUUCACUAGAGUCUUAGGCUUUGCAGUAAUCUUGCAAACUCCAAAACAAUAUUUUUCUCUGCACGGUGAGCUAAAAACUAGUUGGGAUGUCCGUUUGUGUGCUUGAGUUAGAUGUUUUUAUGUAAGUAACAUAAAUCCCCAGUUUCAGGAGAACUCUGUGGUGCCUUACUGUGUUUAAAAUGGACACAAACACCAGAGGAAUCAUUCAGUGAUUCACUUUCUCAACAAAAUACAUUACCAUAUCAGGACCAUUUCAGGAGUCCAGCCAGCCGUCAUAAAAAUCCCCGGUCCGCUCUGCUUACCUCUGCCUUCACAUCGUUAUUAUAGAAAAAUGAAAAAGGGCUUUGAUUGGAGCUAUCUGGGCUCUGGAGGAUAAAGGCUCUAUAACACGUAAUGGUCUGUAAAUGUACACAUACCUCAGAGGUUAAGUCAUGCAGGCCCCUCUCACAGGUUGAGAGUUGAUAAUCAGCUGCAGAGCUUUUCUGUGUUAAUGUGCCAACUGCUGGCCAACUUAACUCACAGUUUUUCUCUCCUGUCUGAGCUGGACUGUUCACAGUAUUUCUCUCCUUUCUGAGCUGGACUGUCCUACACUGUUCAUUUCUGACUCUGAGUCAGCGUGAGGACAGCAUUGACCUUAACACUCUCUGUAUCUGUCACUGCAGAGACCUUCUUUUCAGCUCACUUCUGUUCAUAUUCAGCAGGUCUUUUCCAGAGGUACACCGACACCAGCAGCAUCUGCUGACUUCAGUGUACCGUACUGUGCUCACUUCCCUUUGACGUAUGUGUUAUUCCAGGUGUCUGCCCUCAAACAAACACAAUACAGUUUGUUUAUACAUCAUGCCACUGGCUCACACAGACACUUUUUGAAGUAUUUUAAUCGUCUUUGAUCCUUGUGUUCAAAACUGACUAACCUGCUGCUCGCUUUGUUAAACAGGGUGUUUAAGCUGUCACUGUUACCUUAUAAAAUGCAUCAGGAAUGUCAACAACAGAGGGACCGGGGGAUUUGGCAUGUUUUCUGUGUGGAUGCUGCCUCUAUGUUCAGGAAGACACUGCUUUAAAAAAUAGCACGCAUAAGUUUCAGUAAUAGUUUCUGUAUUAGUUCAUAUGUAAGAAAAUAUUUUGCUGCCAAAUCAAAACUUCAUAUCAAUCAGUUCAAUCAAUUUUUUAUUUAUAUAGCACCAAAUCACAACAGUUGUUAUCCCAAGACGCUUUACAAAAAGAGCAGGUCUAGACUACACUCAUUGUUUGAUGUGUUAUGAAGACCCAAGCUUAAGAUGGGAAAGAUUGACCCAACUCAUCCAACAUGAGUGAUGCGGCAAGGAAAAAGUUCCCUGUAAUGGGCAGAAACCUAUAUGUGCAUCUUAGAGGAAGAAAACUGUUUUUGUUGGAGACGCACAAUAUCACCAAUAUGAUGUCAGUAUCAGCAGGUAACAGCUAAAAGAGUUACUUAUUAGUUUAUAUUGAUAUCCUUAUUUGUAUCGCUUAAUAUGAGUUUGAAAGCUUUAGUAUAUUGGAUUAAACAAAAUCCCAUCCCUAGUUUUCCUUAUAGUAUCCAGAGUGUUUCCUUUCAUUGAGUUUUUUUUUUGUGAUGCUCUUUUUUCUCAUUAUUUCUUUUUGAAUAUCAAGAAUUCAAUAUCUCACAUAUGUCGCCAUGAAAAAAUGGUAAUACCUAUAUGAUCAGAAAGAAAAAAAACAAAGCUAAACACUUGUGGGUUGGUGUGCAUGGCCUUUAGUAUUGAGCAUGUGGAUAAGCCCAGCUUUUUAUACUGUAUGUGAGAACACUGUAUCUUUGUGCAAAAAUUUGCGACUUUUUAGAGGUCUGUGCAUCUCUUAGUGAGACACAUUUCCCCCUCUUGCCUCUUUGUACUUUUAGAUAAAUCAGUUAUGCUGCUGCCUUUGUUUGCAACGGCCUUGGAAGAAACUUUGUGAAGUGAGCAGCAGUGGAAGAAGUUCAACAGAAAACCUAGAUCUCAUUUUUCAGAAUCACAAAAACAACUUAACCAGCAAAAUGACUUUAUUACUCAGACCUACAUUAGGUCUUAACAUAUCAAGUGUAUUAGUGAUGGGUUUGUACCUGCAAAUGACAACUGGUUCUUUACAUGGCAGGACUUUAACAGAAGUAUGGAAAAGAGAGGAAGACAAGAGAAAAGCUGAAUCUACAGAAGAAACUACAAACGCUUCAGUAGAAGGUCACUUCAGAACAAUCUGCGCUUAUAGCUAGAUUUUAAAUCCAUGGCAAACAUUAUUGUUUUUCUUAUCACAAGUGUUCAAACACUAAGAAGCAGUAAGUAGCACUCAGGUUAGGUUGUAUGAGGUUACUUAAUCUCUUUCACAACUCAGUGGUGGGAACUUUAAGGAUAACAGAAGUCUUUUGACACCCACUUAUGAACUCUAGAUUCAGAGUUUUUGGGGUAGCCAGUUUAAGUCUGCACUUCCCCACUUUAUGUUAGCUGUGUUAUCAUUGUGGCAGAGAUUUACAGAGGAGUCUGGUUUUAUCUGAAUUUCAACUCCUUCACUGAUUUCAACAGAAAGAGUGAGUCUGUGUUUUUUGAGUUGGUGCAAUGGAACUCAGCUGCACUCUGGGCGAACAGCUGUGAGAUAAAGAGCUGGUGUUAGUAUCAAAGUGGAAUUUUAUAAACAUUUGCCAUGCUCAGUUUUUCUUUUCUUUUUUUUUCGCCAAGAUUCAACCCAUUUUUUGCAGCAUUUUAAGACCUCAGUCUGCUCAUCUGUGGCACCUCUCUAGUCAGAUACAGACCUGGAAUGUAUUGUUUUAAGAAUGGAUGGAGGAAGCAUUAAGGAAACAAGCACUACCGAAGUGUCCUGUAGCUUAAUAAGAAACCUGUUGUGACUAGUGACUUAAAAAAGUUAUCAAACUACUUAAAGUUGCCUUUAAAACAAACUUUUCAGAGCAUUAAACAGACCAAAAAGGAGCCAGAAAUGACUGAGACUCAAGAUGUUCAAUGUUACUCCAAAUAUGGGCAGAAUGGUUAAGAUCUUUUGAGUGUUGACCUCCUUUUAAAGGGUGAAUACAAAGAUGAAAUAUUUAAAAAUAUAAAGUAAGUUUGAUAAAAACAGUAUCAGAGCAAAUACAUAUGAAAGCAAAUUAAAAUAAAGAAAAUGUAAGAGGUUUAAAAUUAUAGGUGUAAUUCAUAGCUGUCAAGUAACCCAUUUGUGGAAAACUACCGUAUUUUACUCCUCUUUCCCGGCAUCUUCCUGUAUUAAUAUUCUUCCGUAAAUCUCCUGCGUUAUAGUAUAUAUAUAUAUAAAGAAAUCUUCCUUUAUUUUCUAAGGUGUGGACACAUUGAAAAUUACAAGGUAGCUCAAUUUCAGUCAAGUAAAUUUUUAUGGAUAUCAAACUGUUUUUUUAAUGACCUGGGUGCUUUUUUCACCAGGUUUAAAACCCACAUACAGCCUCUAUAGUUAAAACAAUGAAACACUGUGCAGCUUUAAAAAAAAAAAACUGUCAUUAUCAGCGAUAAGAUGAAAGCAUUUAUCAGCUUGAUCACCACUGCUCCCUGGAGUUUGUCCUCUUAAAAGGUGAAAAUAUGUGUUUAACUCUCUGUUUUCCAUCUGCUGUGUUCUUGUUGCAGGUCGAAGAGGGCAGCAAGGCUGCAGCUGUAAGUCUCCAGGUGGGAGACGAGCUUGUCAACAUCAACGAAAUUCCCCUGAGCGGCUACAGACAGGAGGCGAUCUGCCUGGUGAAGGGCUCCCAUAAGACCCUCAGUCUGGUGGUGAAAAGGUAGGUAACCAGUCCCCCGUCCCCUCCCCUACCCUCCUGUGCCCUCUCCUCCUACAUCUGCUGCUGUCACAAGUGCAUCAGGUCCCCAUGGUAACAUUUCUAACAAACCAAGGCAACCGAGGAGUGGAGACAGAAGAUCCUGGUCCCUGCAGGUGUUUUCCUCUCUGUCCUGUGUCAGCAGACUGGCUUGCACUUUUUUGGGAUUCCUUUCUAGCUGUGUGUGUGUGUUGAGUCUUCAGUAGCUGGAUGGUCCUGUUUCACCAGGUUUCACAGAGUUCAGAGUUGUGACAGUUUUUCAGGAUCAAGAUGAAGAAGGAAGAGGUUGAAGGUGACAUCAUGUACUCUGUGAGCAGGCGGUGGGGGCAGGAAGAAAGAAGAAGCAUAUGGGGCUGUUUGUGUCAGAGAUUUGGUGUUAUCAGUCAGUGGUGAUAAAGUUUUAUGGUUUGUUUUCUUUGCAGCACUUACACCACACUUCUUUCUUUUUUCCAAAGAACUGAUUGUUUAUAAGCACUAAGUAUACUAUCUUGACAGCCUCUCUCUAUAACAGAAAACACCCUUUGUGACCUAUUGACUCUGAAGUAUUAAGUAUGUGUGUCUUGUUUAACUGAUGAGUCACUUGUCAGCGUGAGAGCUGCAGGACGUCUUUACGAAUGGCCUUGUGUGUGUGUGUGUGUGUGUGUGUGUGUGUGUGUGUGUGUGUGUGUGUGUGUGUGUGUGUGUGUGUGUGUAACACUGCUCCCAUUGUCUCUCUGCUGUCUGCAUUUCAUUCUGCAUUGUAUCAUAUCAUAACGUAAUCCCUGAACAAAUCCUACCGUACAAGGAAGUCCUCUCACCAUUUAUCUCUCCACAAGGACGCGGCAGUGAGGCUCACUCAUUGUCUUAUACUCUCUGCGGGCAGGCCUGUUACAUGAUCUGGAAACAAGGAGGCAUUACUGUCUAUACAGUCUGCUUCUGUUUGAUUUACUCGUGCUAUUGUGGGAUGAUUAACAGCUCUAAAUAAGCGUUUGAGUCUAACACAAACACACAAUUUUCAGCAAAUCUAAAAGCAGCUUACGCUUAAGAGGUUUAUGCCCAUGGGAUAAAAAAAAGCAUACUUUUUCUUUGUUAUAUAGCACAUUCUCUGUAUGUGCAAUAAAUGUAAAUGGGGCACACUUCAUCAUCAUUACAUAGCUCUCAAAUCUGACCUCCACACUACUUUAUUCUCAGCAGUCAUGAGGCUUUUUUGAAUAUUGAUAAAAGCAUGCUUGCCCCAGAGAUGGAAGAACUUCAGUGACUGUGAAAUAUGGAGGAUGUUUUCUGGUAUGACUGAGGACAAUACGAUGCUAGCAGUUGAAUCGCACUGGUAUUUGUUUGUGUAAUUUUAUCAACCACAUUUACUGAAAGGUAGGCUGACUAACAGUAACAUUUAAGACAUAACUAGGGACGCGUUGAUUGAGAACAUUUGAGCUGAAACUGAUCUCCAUGUUUAAAUGACAAUAUAGCUAAUUCUGGCACCAAUAUUUUUAGAUAUAUCGUAUUUACGAAACUAUGCAACCACAUGGUAUUGACGGACCAUAGCAGCCGUUGGUCAGCCUGCUUUGUUAUCACUUUCUAAAAUUUCAUUAUUUUCUACAUUGUUAGCUCAAAAUAUAUGAUUCACACAGCAUGGCAAUAUUUUGUUGUAUACAGUAAUCCCUCGUUUAUCGCGGGGGUUACGUUCCGAAAAUGACCCGCGAUAAGUGAAAUCCGCGAAAUAGAAAACUUUAUUUUUUUUUUACAAUUAGCAACUAUUACAUGUAUACAAAUACAGUGACUCACGUGUAGGCCGUUUCACUGCUCUUCAGACUGGGCCGCUGCAUCCUGACUGCGCUCUGCAGUGUUCUCUUCUUCUGAAGCCCGCGGUGCAGGUGUGUUUGUUCGGGAGAAGAACAUAGUGAUAGGCAGCUGUUGUCGCUCUUUUUUCUUCUUUGCAAAAAGAUCCUUGUACACCGACAUGCCACCAUCGAUUACGUUGGAGAACUGUAAUGAACGGCUCAUCAAAGGGUCCCAUUCCUCAGCUACUCGCUUAAGUUCAGUGCAAGUUAAGUGCAAAAAAUGCAUUAUGAAAAUCCGCAAAAUAGCGAAUCCGCGAUAAGUGAACCGCGAAGUGGCGAGGGAUCACUGUACAUAGACUGUAUAUAGACUGGAUGCCUGGUAAGAGUGGUUUGUGCUCAAGUCCUCUUUUGCUAUUAAAGCUAUUAGAGGGUUUAUGUUUUCUAUGAUUGACACUUGAUACAGCCUAUGGGCAUAUAAAGAUUGCGUAGCUCACCCGGGGAUACGCUGUUUUGAGCCGAGUGUCAUCAUAGCAACUCUCGGCGACUCCCCCGCCGAAUGGGUGCAAUGCUACUGCGCAAGGCUGGUUUCACAAAUUGGAGAAAAAACCUGGAAAUACCGAUAGCUAUUUGGCUUCAAAUCCGUAUACUGACAGAGGGUGGAACCAAGUUGUCCAUAAUGUAUACAGUCUGUGAUAGUGAACCACCCCUGUCUUCUGUGAGUCUACUUAAUCAACUCUUUGGUUGUCUUCUCUGCUGUCUGCCUCUUGCUAUACGUCUUGUCAUUGUUAUGCGAGACACACCAAACUAAGUGGAAGCAUCAAUAUGAGAAACAUUAAGCAACAAAGCAAAUGAUGUCAAUGGCUCAGAGUAGUUUGAACUGCUUUUCAUUUGGACCUGAUCCAACCCAGGUGACGACUGAGCUUAGUCAUGAGGGGUACACUGGCUUUACAGAUAAGUAGCACAUUGUGCUAAUGUGCCGUUUAAUUGCUUGAUCUCAAGAACAAGACUUUCAAGACUUUUCAGAUGCAUACCCAUGAAAAACACAGUCUGUUUUAAGUUCUUCAGUGUGUUGAAUAUUGAAUAGAGUUUCCUGAAUCCAGUGAGGAUCUUAAGUGUCUUGUUUUUUUUCAGAUUAUUUCUGGCAGUCAAAUAUACGUUUAUGUUGAUAAAUCCAGAGGAAAAUGAUCCAUAUACUGAAUAGAUUUAACAGCAGAGCAUGCAACUCAAGUCCAGGAUCUGGUUAUUGUCAUAUCUGUAUGUUUGUAGUUGUAAAUGGAGAAAGACAUUUCCUUACAAGGACGAGGCUCAUUGUUCAUAUUACAUCCUAUCCUGGCUUUUAGUCCCGUGAGACUCUUCCUUCCUUUUACUCGUCUGUGUUGAAGAAUUUGGUUUGUUCUGACCGUCUCACAUAGCUUCCCCAGACACUCAUUUUCAAGGCCACAAUAACACGUCUGCGUCUGAUUUAGAAGACAGCAGAAUGAUAGUUGUUUAUUAUACAACCUCAAAACUUCAGCCCAUUACUUGUUCUUUUUUUAUCAAAGUUUGGACGCUUCAUGUUAAGCUGCUACUGGGAAUGUUUUUAGUGUAGCAUUCCUCAUCAGUACCUGCACUCCUCAAAGAAUAGCCUGGAUGUCAUGUUUGACUGCAGCUCAAUCUGUGCCUGAGCUUGUAAAAGUGUCAGCUGUGAAAAACCUCUCCUUUUAUCUGAGGGAUCAUGUUGGAUAGCUGGAACGAGGAUCAGGAAGCUGUCAGAACCUGCUCCUGUCCACAGGUGUGGUCUCUUUACAGGCAGCACCAGGGAGGAGCCUGAUUGAUUUUGCAUGCAGUGACUCAUGUGAGAUUGUUAGUGCAGUGUCACAGGAAGAGGGGAAGGGGAGAGGCCUGUCGCACGUCAUAUUGAGCACAGGCAGGUGUGGUUAUCUGUGGGAAACAUCUCCAUUUCUUUGCACAUGCCCCGACAAAACUGCCGUAGACUGAGCUUCAACUUUGGUCGGUGAAAUGAGGAAAUCUGAAAAUAGAAAAAACAAAAUAUGGGUGUUGGCUAAAUUUAAAUUGCAUGUCUUAUUCUUAAUCUGUUUAACACUUGCCAGCUGCAUAGAGUCAAACACUAUAAUUGACCCACGCUGUCAGGUUGCAGCUGCAUGCAUUCCACUGUGCUACUCUUAUUUUUGGUAGCUGUAAAAACUAAAAGCAAUGAGUAAGAAUUCAACCAAACAUUAUGCAUUUCAAGCCAUCGCAAUAAGAAGCAUCUCUAGCUGGCCUGGUGUCCUUUCUCUCUACAAUAAAAUAUCAUCCAUCUCAGUACAUUUUCACCCCACCGAGCCACGUGGUCCCCCACCACAGAAGGGUUUGCCGUCAGAUUCAGACCCCCCCCCACCACCACCACCACCACCAUCACACACACACACACACACACACAAAUUAGUCUGUUUUUGGUCAAAAAUUUAAAGGUUUUAGUCGACCAAUAAUUCCUUGGUUGAUAACAGCCCUUGUGGCAAAAGUAAAAAUUGUUCACUGGUUGCAAGAUGAAAAAGUGAAAAGAGAUUCAUGUUCUUAUAGUUUGUAAUUGCCACAACAAACAGGUCUCCUGCAAUGAUUUAAUUAUAGCAAAUUUUCUUCUGGUUUUCCAUCUGUAAAGAAUCAUUUCAAGCUUCUUUAGAUACAGUUGGCACCUGGAUGGGGAAAAACAAUAUUAUUAUCAUUCACAGAUACACAGAAGAAGAAAAAACAUUAUAAUAUUAACUUUAACAAAAACUAAGUUGUUUUUUUUUUUAAACAUUUCCUUUGGCAAAUAUUCGCAAUAAAUUUGAAGGUAAGAAGGAAGCAAGAUGUAAUUUUUUUAUGGGACCCACCCAUCAGAUGUGUACUGGGCAAAAUUAGUAAAAACUGCUUCGUCCAAUAAAAUUUUAAUGUCUGGAUCAGGGAAACAUAACAUUAGAGUUACUAAAGUGCUGACUUCAGACAUAUAUACAUAAGUUUGGAUUUUGUACAUCAAAGGCGACUGCAUGGUUUUUUUUACUCAGCUCUGUACUUUGAGUUGGAUUGAUAAAACUUUAGGUUGUGAUUUUUAAGUGUAUUUGUUGUGCAAAGAGCCCUCAUCACUGCUCUUUGACACUAUGAAUCAUGGUUAUUUUUUACCCUAGCCUUAUUUAUUACCUUAUUACUUAGUUUUUGGGACAUUGACUCUAUCUGUAACAGAUCUUUUCAUUUGUGCUAACUUUGGUGCCCCCUGUGGACAAAAAGCUGAUCUCUUGUUUCUUGGCGGAUCUUGUUCUGUACAUUUGUGAGUAGUGUUUCCUGGUGGAGGGCAGCUCAUUCUGCUUGCUUUAUGGAGGAAGUAACCUUAAACUUUGGCAUCAUGUUUUGCAUUUAGGAAACAGAUAUCCGCAGCACUGAGCACCAAGAAAGUGAAAAAAGAAAUGGUUUAUCAGAUUUUGCAAGAAUAUGUCGCGGUAAAGGGGACCGGUCUGAAAGGUUAAACCAUCUCCUAGGUUUUCAGUUGAACUGUAUUAAGAAGACACACAGCUCUAACUUUCACAUUUUUAUUUUCUGGGCAGAAGUAUUUGAUAUGAGCCAUGUUGCAAAAUCCAGGUGUCAGUAUCAGCUAUCAGUCUCCAUGAGGGCCAGAGAAACACAGAUGCAGUAAAUGACUGUAGGUGUCACCUCCUCUCUAAGCCACUCUUGUUUGGUUAAAAGCAGCAGAUUUUCACUCAACUGCAGUUAUGUGUAUGUGAUUAAACUGUGUUUGUGUACAUUGUGUUAAAAGUGGCUUAAUUCAGAUCAAGAAAACAAACGGCAAACACUCUGGUACUUUAUGUACAGGGCAAUCACAGGUCACCAAUUCAAACAUACUCUUGUUUGUUGUUUUGGUAGCAGUUAGAGUUAAACUACUCUGCCAAGAGGUGCAUACAUCGUACAUCUACCUCUCCUGGGCAGUGAGGUAAGAUUAAAUAUUUUCAUCAGGCCCCCUGCAGUCUGGCCUGUCCUCCUUUUUCCUUUCCUGGAGGCGCUUCUUGUACAUGCAACAAACAGCAGAGUGAAUCAUUAAACCUAACCACAGAAGCUGGAGGUUUGUUGUGGCUUUCUGUUUCCCCCUUCUGGCUUUCUAACAGAAGUACCACAUUAACUAUUGUGCUUUAUUGUCUUGCAUGAAAAGACUCAGCAUCUGUUCCUGUCUCCUGUCUCUUUUUUAACUCAUUGCAUCUAUGUGGCUUUGUUAAAAAAGAUGGACCCAGAGGUUCGUGCACCAUCCAGAUACACCAGGAAAAGCUCACUGCUCGCCCUUACAGUAUGAGCGUUCAGCUGGAGUUGCAUUGCAGGGGCUUUGUUUUUCAUAAUAAGCCCCCAGAGUAUGUCAGGAAUGCUGUGUUCUGAAUUCUUGUAAUAAGCAGAUUUGUUAACAUUUUCUUGUUUCUCAGCUGAGAAAAUCACAGUUUGGAGACCUCUGUGAAGCCAUGUCUUAAAUGCCCCCCCCUGCCCUCGGCUCCCCUAUUGGUUAGUGGACAUGCAGUCACCCUCACAGUGUUAAUCUAAUCUUUGCAUCCUUUUGUCAUCCUGGUUUAAUCAAAGAGAACAUUUUGAGCUGUGAGGGUUUUUCUCCAUGUCACAAUGAAAUGAUAUGUCUUUACAAAUACUUCAAGAGGUUUGUACGUGAGGUUUUUUUUUAAGUCUAUUUUGGAACAGACUGAAAAUGAUACUGAUGACGGCACCAAAAUCAAUACAGACCAAAGCUACCUCACAGCAGCUUUACAUGAAAUUUACACAAUGAAAUUUGGUCUGUUUUAAACAAUCUAUCUUUGAAGUGAUCCUUAACGCAACGUUUUCAGGUACUUAUGUAACGGUUGAAGCUUAAAGUUGUAAAUUCAAGCACAUCAGGAUGGUGCUUCUCACCUGAUCUAGCCUCAGGAGUCCUCUGCAGUGACAGUUGAGACCCAAAUUUCUGGAACAUGUCGUGUCUUGUUGGUUGAGUUUCACCUCCGUGUAAACAAAUGUCCACUCACUACGACUCCUUCUACCUCUAAAACAAGCUUGUGAUGCAUACACUCAACUCCUGCUUGCCUGAGAGUCUACCCUGUUGAUGACAGCACCCCGAAAUUCAUGGCGGAAUUGAAACCAGUACACCACCCACCACUAGUUGGAGCCAUGGCAGCCUGAUUCAAAGGCAAGCUAACAGAGGAAUUUUGUUGCAUAUUUUUGUAGUGCUUGCUCCCAGAAUAUGUAUAAAGCCCAAGAUCUAAAGUACUUGGGAUAAUUUGAAGUGACUGACAGGUUGUUGGCUAACUCAGUCCAACAGUGAGAUAAAUUUCCUGUGAACUGUGGUAACUGAAGUUGUCUAAGAUGCCAGACUCUGCUGCAGUGAUGUGGUUCAGACCCUCGCUCUCAGCCCAAAUGUCUCCAGGUGUUUCUGGGUUGAGGGUCAGUGCGGACAGCCACUGACUUGACAGCUGGUAUGCCACUCAGCUCAGGAAUGUGCUGGUCAUUACACGCUGCUCAUGGUUCACCUCUCUCACCCGAAACAUGACUGGUUUGAUUGUGGGUCCUGCUGAAGAGGGUCUUUGUCAGACCCUCAGGGACCAAAUAGAAGCACCAGCUCACCUGAGAGGUGCAGGUUGCCUGAAUACAGUUUCAGCAUAUUUCUGCGCUACAAUGUAAACGAUGCUGCACCUGAUUUAGCUGCAUGUCAAACAUUAGUUAAUGCAUCCACCUGUCUAAGAAAAAGGAGGCUGGUGGGGCUGGUUCUCAUGUCAUGGGAAGAGUUUAUUCACUUGUAAUGAAAUCACCGGGUUUGCAGACUCUCAUUAUGAAAACCUUGUUUGGUCUGUAUGCUCAGUUGCUCCUCUCACAAUAGAUCUGUGUGAAUUUUAUUGCCUCUCUAUCAGCUUCAGAUUAGAACCAUUCUCUCAGCAGACCUUUUGGUUUUGUGCCAGGGGACAUUUAAUGAGAUGAAGAAAAUUUCCUUUUUGUCUCUCAGAGAUUUUCCCAAGUGUUUGAUUGUUUUUAGCAUCGUCGCAGUCUGCAGGCGACGGUUGAGUUGCUGGAACACUCUACACAAAAGAACACAUCAGUUCAUAUUACAUUGAUUUCAAUGCAGAGUUUUGUUUCCCAUACCAGCGUUGUUGCAAGUACUUUUACUAGCUUUAAUCAAUGACUGCUUGAUAGUUUUACAAAAAAAUGUACUUGAAUACAUUGAAAUUACUCAGUAGUUGGUGCUCUUGUCAUUUCCUGUAUCUUUUUUGGGUUCUUAUAGGCUAAUUUAAUAAAUUGUGCUGCAUGCUCUUUGAUAGAAACUUACCCCUAUGUAGACAGUCUGUAAUAGAUGGUACCUCUUAAUUUGGAGGACAGUGGAGAGUUAAAGCCUGAAAAUCCAGACUGUAUUCAUUUUGUUUACUAGAAAUACAUUAAAAUGCAAAUUUCUGUGAAAAAAAAUAAAAUAAAAUAAAACAAUAAAACAGAAUUAAAGGAUGACUUUGAGCUCAAACUUCACAGAACAGGUUUGUUGGGAAAAAAAACAGUAUGAGUGCAAUAAUGUAAGAGAAAAAAAAUCACCUGUCUUUCUAAUUCUGAGGUCAAAGGAUACCUUGUAGGUCUGAUUGUAGAUGUAGGGUUUCAGGAUCUUAGGGCUGAUUGUCUGCAUUUGCCUUUUAUUUUAUAGAGGACUAAUUACAUUAAUUUACCAGUGUGCUUCUUUCUUCACCACCGCUGUGUCUUUCCCUCUCUGUGUGUUUUCUUGCACCACUUUGGCUCACCUAAUGCUGUCUGGACCAACACUGUCUGAUUGAGCAGACGUUACUCAGAAGUUUGAUGUCGGCUGUACUGUGAGUGUAGCUGGUUAACCGUUCAUUUCUCUACACAGUGUUGAUGAAAAACUUGCUAAAAGGUAUCUUAGCAAAGUUUUAUGAUGGAGUUCAUGCAAAUCAGUUCAAAAUAUUGUUUCUCGUUAAUGAUCAAUAAUUGCUAUACAUACUCCCCCUGAAAAAUAAUAUUUGUUGCUGCUUAACUUUAUUGGCAUGCUAGGCUAUUGCUGCAUCUUUUGAUGAGUGGAAUUUAAAUAUUUACAAAAUAUUAAACACUUAACCUUUGAGGCCAAACGUUUAAUAUCAAUUAACAUGAGCAGACAAUCGUUUGAAUGACGGUUUAAUCCUUAAUCCUUACAUUUUAAUGCAGACUUGUUUGUCACAGAAAGCUGUUUACAGUCCACUCCCUAAUAAAGUCACAAAACUGCUGAUUAAUGUGCAGGACGCUUCAAACAAAUCAGUUUAAUAAAAUGAUUCUGACUGGUUAUAAAAAACCUUUAAAUGAGAAGAAAAGGCUCUGAAACUGCCCUGCAAAAAGUGAGCAGUGAGUCAAUUAAGCGUGCCAUUUCCCGUUAUUACUAUGUACAGCCUUGUUAAUUAUGCAUGAGAAACUGUAUUAAAGUAGAAUGAACAGUUAUUUCUUUAAGUCUUCAGUAUCCUACAAAUGUUUGGUUGUCAAACCACACCAAACAAUGAAAAUGUGCUGAAGUCAGGAAUCCAAAGUUGUAUUGGCUGUGUUGCCGACGUCUUUCCUGGGCAGUUGCAUUGCUCAUUACUUGAGCCUUUCAGGAGCCCUCCACCCUAGUAUAGAGCAACCUGUUGCCAUGGUAAUGGUAUAAAUGCAGGUCUGGUGUACAAGAGGGGAGAAGAGUCCGGUUUUCUAUUCCUUCAUUAGCAUAUUAGCCCCUUAGAGCCAAUGAAACGAGGCAAGGUACGGGAAUACUCUGAGGGGACUGGCUGCGACAAUAGCCCUCCUCCUUCCUCACACACUUUUCCUCCCCCCCUCUCAGGGGUAAAACCCCUCGUAAUCCCAGAGGAAAUCUCCCCUCGGUUCAAACUAAUUCUGCCUAGAGAAGUUAGUUUAAGUCAUGGCUGCUCUGUGUUGAGUGUGAAGUUGAUGUAGUUGUUGGUAGGUGUGUGUUCUCAGGUUGUGAAGGUGGAGGAUGCUCAGCAGCCUGUGUGUCUCUUUGUUGUGGCUUUUCUUUGAAGUGGAGUUUGGUGUCUGACCAGCCCAAGGGUCACUUGAUGGUUUCAAUCCCAAACUGGGCUCCAGUAUAAAUGUGAUUUAUGAUCUUUUGGAUUAUACAUUCAUCUUUUUGUCUAUUUUGAGUUCCAUCAUCCAGAUGUUUGGUGAGUCAGAGUCAACGUUUUUAUAUGUUUCCAUCCAUUUUGAACUGUGGACUUGUGUUUUUGUGGGCCUCCAUACCUGAUGUUUUUUUGUUUUGAACAACUGGGGUACACAUUGGGGUCUUUUUUGACCCUAAUACUCUGUUAUUGUUUUUGUCCUAUCAUUCAAUAUGAGGUCAGCCAUCAUUUAGGUUAAGCCACGAUCAGCUAGACUUAGCAUUUCAAAACCAAAUUAAUCUUUGAGAGGAAAGGCUUAAAGGUAAAUCUUGUGGGAGUAUUCUCUGGAAGUAUUUUUAGUAAUUGGCUGUUAGUCUGUCCUGAAGUUUGGGUUGCAGAUUCAGUGUGUGAACUGUUUAUUUUUGAACAUCGGACUGGUUGAUACCGGAUACAUCUGAAGUGAAUUGAGGCUCCAAACAGAUCGCUCAGAAAACAGCCUCUCCCCCUGCCCCCAUUCCAGCCGACUGAUUCACUUUCUAGCAUAUCUGUGGCGGCCCAGCUGUAGCCCUGACGAUAGGCCUAAUAAAACCAGCCUCAUUUGCAUACCAAUAGCAGGCGCCAUGUGUGGCUAGCUCCUAGCGCCCCAGAAACACGGACUGUUAGGAGACAAGGAAGGCUGAGCUUCAUGUUGGCUUUUUCUUUGUCCCCCGAACAGGCCUGAACUUUAAUCCACUAUUAAUUUUGGGGAAUUGACCCACUUUAUUGAGCUUAACCAAAUCUCUGUCUCAAUCUGAAAAGUCUCAAUCUACAAAAUUAGUACUGCAUGGAAAGAUCAGGAGCGUUUAUUUGUUAUUUUAGUGGUUUAUUUUCAGGUUUUUGUCUUAAAGGAAGCUUUUGUUUGGACCUCUUGUCAUCAGAUCAUUGAAGGCCUUUAGACAAGGUGACGGAGGGGGCGCAACCUUUUGGCCCCGUGGCUUUGUAGGGCGAGUCAUGAGGCCAGUGUGAACGUAAGCAAGCCAAGCUUUGUCUAAAAAUUCCUGACCAGUAUCGCACCCAUGUUCCCCUCUCUGAGCUCCGCAACACUCUCAGAAUAUUGACAUGUGAAAUACACAAUUAAAGCAUUUGUAAAUAUUUUUAUAGCGCUGUCAGCUCAAUUACAUGGUACUGUUGCUUUGUUUUUGCGUGUCAGAAGCUAGCACAUAAAAUUUCAAUGAAAGUCAAUAGAUAGCAGGUUUGGCCUAGCAGUAAAAUCAUGCCCCCCAAUGCACAGUGGAUAUAGCCCUUUAGAGAGUGCAGCCUGAGUCCAAUUCAAGUCUGUGGCCCUUCACUGUUUGUCUCUCCUUAUUUUACCUCCACAGUUUCCUUCUCUUCUCUUGAAAUAUAGUCGUAAAAUCCCCAAAAGUAAAUCUUAAUGAAAAAAUACAUAAAUAUGACCAACUUCAUGGUCCAUACAAUACAAUGCUUUAUUAUUGAUACCAUACAAUAUACGUUGAGGAAAUGAUACAUAGCAAUACACAGCAUUUAUUCAUGACCACCAAAACAGGAUCUUUAUGUUUUGAUACAAGAAAGCACAAUUUAAUAAGAAAAACUUUGAUGUCCAUCCAAUAUAGUAAGUUCCACAAUAUUGGUGAUACGAUACACUAUGUUGUGGAUCUGUUAGAUUACAAUACAUUUAACUGUAUUACAAAAGACACCCAAAAAUCUUGACAUUGCAAAACAUUAUGAUAUACUUUGUCAGUGUGAUUCUGUUGUUUUUUUUUUACAUUUUUUUGUUAACACUUAAGUUGAAUACGACUCAAUUCAAUAUAAUACAAUAGACUGUUUUACCAGUACAAAACAAAGUGACAUGUUUUGUUGGCAGUACAAGACAAUGAACUUCAUUGCUGAAAAUACAGUACAUUAUCAUCAGUACAAUACAGUAUGAUACACUUAGUUGUUCAUGUGAUAUGAUGCUAAAGAUAUUACUGUCAAUACAUAAAGUUGGAUAGGAUACAACAGGGAUGCAUGGAUAAGAUACAUUAUGGGGCACAGUGCAAUAUGAUAUAAUCUGAUACAACAAGAUACAUUUCAUUGUCCCCUCAAAGUAAUGAAGUAAUUUGUCUUGUGAUCAGGUUUAUUACACACACUUACCACCACUUGCAGUAUAAUUGAUGAAUAAAAACAUGAAAACAAAAAAUGAUCAAUAUGUGAACAGUGAAGCAUGCAGCAAUAAAACAAACCAAAGACAUACACUGACUUAAAUCUAUUUAGAAAGUGAUAACACCUUUGUUUUUGUGGCGUAACUUCAUUUACUGGUAAGCUGAUUUCUCUGAAUUAGAUGGUAACAACAUUUUCAUUAAUGUUUCAGCCCCUUUUUAAUCUUUAUCCACCAGGAGCUCUCAAUCAACAACAAAUAUCAUCGCUUAAAAAAACAAACACACAGGGUGCAAUACAGCACUCAACCAUCUACUGUGCAGACAUUGUAUUUUUCAAUGACUGUGUUCAGCCCUUGGCUCAUUUUUUCCACAUAAAAGCACAAACACUGGAAUUGUGACAAAUAUGACAACACCACAGGCAACACAAACUGAAGGGGAAUCAUAAUUGUAUUUUUAACCCGAAUAAAAAAAAUAUAUAUAUAUAUCAUUAAAUGUGUUUAUAGAUUUUUAAGGAUAAACUGUUCAUUGGAUUUGACAGUGAUUUCAGAAACACAUCAUCAAAUUAUCCAGUAACAGUAACAACAUGUACAGCCAUACCAUUUUAAAACUAUGAAACAGGGUGUUUUUACCUUAAGUCUAAAAAACAGUAAAUAAACUAUACUUAUGAUUAGCCAGAUUUAACAAAACAAGGAGUAAAUAAAGUGGAGGAAAAGAGGAUCACAUCGUAGAUUCUGCAGCUUUGAGUUCUUCCAACCUGCAACUGGCCUUCGGGGUCGGGUCAUAGUUAAAUGUCAUAUGAUUAAAAGGAUAUGCCUCACAAUGACAUUUUUAAUUAAUUUUAGUAAAAUCAUUUCUGGGGCAAUUGUGAGGUAACGUUUUAAAAAGCACAGGUACUUCUCCAGUUCUCCUGAGCUCCCCUAUAGAUACUGGUACCUCUAUUUGAGAAGUAUCCUACUGAAUGUCCUCCAGUCAGAUGAUGUCAGUUUUGGAGGAUAGAAAGGCUGUCUGGAGGGCAGACGACAGCUUGGGUUGUGGGCUGAUGUGGCUGAUCUGAUUGUGUAAGAGAUUCUCUAUUGUGUUAAGCCCCCCUGCUUCAUGCUGGGCUUGUGUUCCCCCCGGGACCAUAUGGCAAAGUCUGAAGACAAACCAGCUCACCUCAGCUACACAUACUAUUCAGAUAAUGAACCCAAUGACAGAUGAGAAGAGCUGUUUUACUGCGUGUCAAACUUCAGGUUUUCUGUCAUAUUUCCCAUCAUGCUUCAAACUGUGCACCAUUAUGAUCAAUACAUGUUUUGACCAGUAGAGGGAGCUGUGACACAGCGGAGUUUCUAUUUCUCAGCUGUGAGUUAUGACUGUGUGAUAAUUCAGCAGGAUUGGAGCAGAUUUGGAGAACUUCGGUCAUCUUAAACUGUCAAGACAACACACUGUAGUGAUAUCAUGUCCACAAACUAAAUGUUUGGUGUCUUGUGUAGUUAAACUAUUGAUGAGCUCUUAGUGUGUGUAUGUGUGUGUGUUUGUGUUCCUCCCCCUGCUGCCCAGGAAUAUGAAAAUGGUGGAUAUUGUAACUCACAAAAUGCCCUCAGAGAAUGACGUGCAUGUGGCGAGAAGCUUUCUUACGAAGAUUUUGCGAAGUUCCAUGAGGUACGGUUUUGUGACUUCAUCGUAAAAAGUAGUCCCCCCUUUUCCUCUCCUGGUGCUCAUGUCCAUGUUAAUCACUCAUUUAGUGAAAAACAUCAUCUUCAGUUCUCUCAUAGCAGCUCUACCUCUCCUAUGAUUUCAUUCCUCAGCAUGUUUCCCUGAAUGUACUUGUGGUUUGUGCCAUUAGAUGAAUCAUCUUUAUCCUGUGCAUGCAACACAAUCUCCUUGUGGUAGAUGUUUGUUUUUGUGUCAAAGUCAAGAUGUGUUAGAAUAAGAUGUACUGAUAUGUUUUGUUCACUUUCUCUGACAUGCAACACAGAAAGAAUCGCUUUAAAGGGUAGGUUUGAGCAAAAACUGACUAUUGGAAGUAAGAUUCAGAUAAAAAUCUCCUGAAUGUUGUAGUGAGUCACAGAUGUUGUCUCAAUUAUAGAUGCAGAAAAACCAAACAAAUGCUUUUCUUGUUUAGCUACAGUUAAAUGUGGAAGCAGCACAUACUGUUCUCCUGAAGUGGCUGGUCUCUAAUCCAGUCUGUAUUUUAUGCCCUCUCUGCAGGCGGAAUGAACCCAUAAACAGGCCUCACUCCUGGCACUCCACCAAGUUCAACGAAAACCAAUCAGAGGCUGCCAAAACUCAGUCUCCACCCACAGCAGUCUGGCACACCAGAUAUGAUGCAAGGUAAGGCCUGAAACGUGAAGUUUUCCUCCUGAAUCUCAGUGUGCGCUAUGGAGGACCUUGAAUCAUAAAUGUAUAAUUAUGGUCAGAGGGGUUUUCUAAAUAUUAAAAAAACACUCAGCAGAGCUAUAAACCCUCAAACCCCUAAACCAGCCUCCACCAGUCCCUCCUCUCAACUCUACAUAUGCCCACGACAGUUCAGACUGUCACUGCACUUACUGCCUUAUGAGGUUAGAACUCCUUAAAGAUGCUACACAUAUGAUGAGACACAACUUGUCAAUCACUGAAAAUGAUUUUGCACCUUUACAGGAAUAUUUUAGUAAGUAUGACAUAGGGUUGCACAAAUUACACAUCACCAGUAAGUUUACAAAAUACAAUGGAUGCUGUUCAGUUCUUCCCAUUGAUAAAGGAGCUGGUGAAGGAACCAGGAUGCAAGCUAGGCUACAGUUUCCUGCAGAGUGGGCUGGACCUUCAAGAUAAUUUUUCCUAAUUUUGAAUGACUGACUCAAGAACUUAUCUUGGCUUUACAGAUUUUUUAUCUAUUUAUUUUAGCACUGUGCAAACAAAAAGACCCUUUUUGCAGGCGCAACACACACAUGCUGUUCCCCAUGCAGUGCAAUCAGCUAAUAGAUCAAUGAUGCAUGAAUCACUGAAUGAGUUUUGAUAGUUUUGCAUCUCAGUCUGACAGUUAUAGCACCAAAUUUCUUAGAUUACCAGUGGGCGCUGUGAUGUGUGUGGAGUUUUUUAUUAUAGAUCAGUCACUUCCUUGACAGCCAACACAGUGUAUUUAGAAAAAGUAGACAUAUUGUACUGACCAAAGGAUGAGUCAUUAUGCAGCAAAAAGCAAAUAGAGCCAAACACUAACUGUGAGGACACUUUCACUUUCUUUCUUUUGGUUGAAUUUAACUCUUGAAUAUUAAAAAUAAACAGCUACAGCAAGCAAAUGGGCUCACAGAUAGCAAAGUAAAGCACUGAAAAAUUUGUGUGCACACUGAAACGAAACAAAUACUGGCAUCACAAUCUCUCAUAAUAAGCUAAAUUAUCAGAUAGACCUGAUCCCAUCUACAGAGAGUUGUUGCCAAGCUUACAUAAUUCAGCUCCUUUCCUCAGUUUCUCUCUGUUGAAUCUAAUUGCACAGUUUUUAAAUGAUUUAGAAUAUCAUCCUCCAUUAUCAUAAAAGUCAAGUAAUAAAAGUCAAGGUCGUUUUAACAGGAUAAGAGUCAAGGUUACAAAUAAAAGGUUGAUCAUGUGGUAUAAAAGUCAUUAUAAUGAGGUUAGAGCAGUGGUUCUCAAGUCCAGUCCUUGAGGCCCACUGUCCUGCAUGUUUUGGAUGUUUCCCUGCUCCAACACACCUGCAUCAAAUGAUCAGCUCGUUAUCAAGCUCUGUAAUGGCUUAAUAACGAGCUGAUCAUUUGAAUCAGGUGUGUUGGAGCAGGGAAACAUCCAAAUCAUGCAGGACAGGGGGGCUCGAGGACCGGACUUGAGAACCACUGGGUUAGAGUAAGGUAAUUAUCAUCUCGAGUUAUUGUCAUGAGAUAAAAUUUGAAAUUAUGAAAUAGUAGGCCAUAAUAAUAUGACUACAGGUCUGCAUAAGUCAUAAUUGUCUAAUAUAAAGGUCAAAGUUAUGGGGAAAAAAAAGUUAGAAAAUUUCAGACAAAAAAUAUGAGAUUAUUAUCAUAAAAUGACUUUUUUUUUUAAAACUAUGACAUUUCUGACUUAAAUUUUGACCUUCUAACUCACAUUAUUGGCUUUUUUUUUGUCAUUGACUUUUUAUCUUAAUAUUUGAACGUCUUUUCUGUAAAUAUAACUUAAUUUAUGAUAAAAAUGACUUGAUGUAAAGAUUUUUAUUGACCAGCUAAGUUAUGUUGGAAUUUUUUUACUCUGUAAGAGGACUUUUUUACACAUACAUUUCAAAGCAGUAUUUUCAGUGCUUUACUUCUGAACAAACGUUUAUUUGUAUGUUUGAAGUUUUAGUCAUAGAUCUAGUGCGCCAUGGCUGUGUUUGAGCUGUUUCUGUCCAAGGUGUUGCUGGUUAAAUAGUUGACAAAUGACUUCAUAUUCUAGUUCUAGUCUACAGUAAGGAUCCAUAGUACAAAACUUGAUCACAGUAGAACUGCAAAGUGAAAGGUUUUCUUUUUCAGGCAGUAGGAAAGUUUAUUUACACUUGCUCCUUUGCUUUUUUCCUCCAGCUCUUCCUCAAAUGAUCUGUCCUCCGGCUGGGAGCAGACGAACCUGUGCCGAGUGUCCGACCAGUUCAGCUCUCAUGGCAGCAUGGACAGUCUAGAGCAUGUGCCACACCCGUACCCUGCUGGUCAGCUGUCACCUGCCAAGUCCAACAACAGUAUGGAGCAUCUGGGAGGAGGAAAAAGGGACUCUGCUUACAGCUCCUUCUCCACCAGCUCUGGCACACCAGACUACACCCUGUCAAAGAGCAACACAGCCUCCACGGAGAACAUGCUCUAUAAGUUUAGUCAGUGGGACUCAGGAGGAAAGCACAAUAGUGGCAGGAACAGCCAGAACCCCAUAGAUGGAGCCAAACAGGACGACAGGGUGGCGUACUUUCAGAUGCCAGGUGUCAGCACAAGCUGUGAGGCUCCACAGACUGAAGACUCGCCAGGAUCCCGCCAUUCCACUUCAAGUAGAACCAGCUGUGGGCCUGUUUGGCACGUCCCUGAAAAGAAGAAAACUGCCUCCCCCUCUCCUCCUCCUCCUCCCCCACCUGCUCGUAGUGACAGUUUUGCUGCAACAAAGGUACAUGAAAGAGGACUUGUUGUAGGACCUGAACCUUACGCUCCCUCUAAAGCUCCCUCUGAAAAUCGCAUGAGCCACAAACUGUCCCCGAAAAAUGACAGUGAGGGUUUUUACACCACACCUGACAAAUCAAAUCAGUUUAACUCCAACAAGCAGUACUCCUUGUCUAGCAGUGAUGUGCGGCAAGGCCAGCCCCACCAUCAGAGGCAACAUAGUGACAAAAGCACUUUUAACUCUCAGCCCUGGGCUACAUCUGCACCAAAGCCACAGAGCGUAGGUGGCUACUAUAGUAGCCUGCAGGAACUGCCCACUAACGGUUCUGCUCAACACUUGGGUCAGAACCAGAGACGCAACAUAAGCACCUCAUCCACUGACCCAAACAGUGACAGCAGUGGACAGAGCCGAUACUACUGUGUCACAACGUGUCAGCCCACACAGCCGAACCCACAUCCCUUGUCAGGAAAACCAGAGGACAGAAGGAGUGUGUCAGGGGUGGAUCAGACACAGACUGCAAGUGAGCGUACCUCUCUCAGCCCACAGACUGUGACUAAAGUGAAGUAUCAGCCACCCCAGCCCCAGCAACACUCCACAGCCUCUCACAUUAAAAACAGCAACGGAUACAGCAAACACCAAGCCACCUCUGCUCUGCAAACUGCUGCACCUAAACCCCACCAUGAUGAUCGUAGCUCCCAGAGAGGACCUAACGCACACCCUGCAGAGGCUCAGUUCCUGAGUUAUCCUCCCAGCAGACACUCUGAACAGCGGAGGUCUCUGCAGCUGCAGAACAAAGAACUUCCCCCAGACAUGAGACACCCCGGCAACAAAAUCUGCCCUCAGGUGACCCCCAUGCUUCACUCUCUGUCCCUGGAUGCUGCGGUCCAAGAGGACAAAGCAAAAGCUCCAGACUCUGAGGAGUCCCUGGAAGGCAAACAGGUAAGACGUAGCGAGCGCUUUGCCACCACAUUAAGAAAUGAAAUCCAGAUGAGGAGAGCCAGGCUGCAGAAAAGCAUGAGUGCAGCCACAAUUCCUGGCACUGAAGGUGAGAAUGAAGGGGAUCAGGAUGUCUGGAAGUCGUCUGACAGCGCCACCCCGACUUUGGCAGACAGUCCCUUCAGCAACUCCUACAAGGAUAAUCUGAAGGAAGCACAAGCAAGGGUACUAAAGGCGACGUCUUUUAGGAGGAAAGAUCUGGAGCCUGUGUUAUUAGAGCAUCCAUCAUCUGAGACUCUAUCUAACUACCUGUCCUCAGGACUGGCCCGUAAAGACGUCCCCCCUCUGCCGACUGUGUCAGAAACUGUGAUGGGUAAACCAGGGCCUGCAGGAGGACAGGUGUCUCGCAUUGGUGGCCGUAAGCGUUUUCCUGCAGAGAAGAAGGUGAGGUCUUUCUCAGAGCCGGACAAAAUCCAUGAGGUUGGGGUGAAGGAAGAUCUCCCACAAGAUGAAAUUGCAAGCAUCUCACAGGACCAACAAGGGCCAGCUUUCCCCAAUCCCAUCCCGCCACAGAGCUACACAGAGAUCCCUACAGAGACCAAGACCCGUGGCCCGACCCCAAACAGUGAAACAGAAGACACAGCGAAAGGCAUGAAGAGCAGAGAGUACACUGAGGUUGUGCAGGGGGGGGCUUUUUCUGCACACAAAUUGUCUGUCCUGGACCAGCAGAGACUGGGCACCUUUGCAGAGUACGAGGCGAGGUGGAAUAUACAGAAGAAAAACCCUGAAACCAGAGCCUCAGGGCGGUACAGGUCAGCUGAUAACAUCCUGGAUCCUGGAGCAGAGGACCAAACCAAAACCACCUGUUUCCAUGAGAGAUCCCGAUCUUCUCCCUCAGCUGACUUUUAUGGACAGGUAAGUUGGACUGUGCUCAAAAAUGACCCAAAGACACAUCAUGUUCAAAUUAGGGCUGUGUUAAGUCGGGCGUUCCCCAACUUGAUGUUCUCCUAGUUACCAAAUAUUUACAAGAAAAUUAACUCUAUAAAUGUGUUUUAGACACAACGAAAACAGUUUUCAUUGUCAGGGCUGAGAAAGAAAUAGAAAUACCUUUGAAGGGAUUGGGACAGUUCAUUUUUUUUCUAAAGCAGGGUAGUAUGAGGUUCUUGUCAUAUGAAGUGUAUCAGCCACAGGGGAUCCUUGUCCCUUUGUUGGGGACCCGGCUGCAGAACCAGUUGGAAAGUAGACCAUCACCCUCUGCAGACAGGGUCAACUCUACCAUGUAUUUGAGCUUAAUUUAAAAAGACUCCAACUAUAGCACUUUUUUCGGUUUUACUGUGCACUUUGUUAUGAAAAUAUUCAGCCCUGUACUUUAUUGUUUGAAAGCCCUUUAUGCAUCGCGUAUGAAUUUCCCACCUAGCAAAGAUUUGCUGUUGGGUCUGUAAAGCACAAGGCACUGAUAUGUGAUGAAUUUUAAUGUUUUUCAUCCCAGUUUAAAAUUUUACUUUUCUUAAAAGUUAAAUGUGCAAACCAUAGUUUUUGUCUUGAAGACACACUUCACAAAGCUUUUUCUUUUUGAUCCUGAUUUAACUUCUAAAAAAGUAAGCAAAGUGGGUAAAACAGUGGCAUUCAGUGUGGAAGGGAUCUCUGGAUGGUGAGUGAUGCAGACUACAGCUGUAUGUGAGCUGCUGGUUUCCUCUGAUUCAGAAAGGACCUGGUGUUUUGUUGCUACCAAGUCUCAUGAGAUAGCAAGUAGUUUUUUCUGUUCUUAGGCUCACAGUCUCCAAACCUGCACCACCAGGUAACUGGAUCUGUCCUGCUCUCCGGUUAGCACAGGAGUUUCCCUCCUCUGAACCGUGUUCUUCCUCUGUAACUCCAGUUCAUUGAGGUCUCCAUGUGUGUUGUCCACAGUAAACAAAAUGUCAUUGUUGCUGUCAGAGUCUCUUAUUUUUGGUUGUAUUUUUGUAUCUUUCCAGCUUGCAGACCUGAACAGCUGAUCAGGGCUUUGCAAGCAAAAGACAACGAAUAACCUGCAUUGGAGAACAGGGCAAAAAAGGAGCUUUCUGUUGGCAAAAUGAUUACAAUAUAUAGUAGAAUAGUGCUUUGUCAGUCAGGUGGUAGAGCUGACUCUGCCUGCAUCUGUUCUGGUUCUGCAGCUGGUUUCUUAACAGAGAGGUCCCAAGAUCCCCUGUGGAAUCUACACUUAUUGAUGAAAAGUGCCUCAGAUAACCUCACUUCGAAAAAAAAACCUGAACUAUCCCUUUAAAAUAAGAACUUUACAUGUGCAUGUGCAAAUGAACCUUCCUAUGAGCAACAAUGUUAAUUUUCAAAUUGGAAAUGAUGACAAAUGUGUAAGCUGCAUUUUAAAAAGGUGGAACUAUCUGCAGGAAAGCUGCAGUCACUGCAUAAAACAGGAGGCUUUUUCCUAUGAGAAACCAAACAGUUUAGAGUUUAUUCAGACUUUGUCAUUGGCACACAUCAGGUUUACUAAUUAAGUACAGCUCUUAAAAGUUGAGAGUCCUCUUGCUGUGAGUAACUCAAAUGUUGAAGCUGCCUGUAGCUUUCAGAGUGUCUUUGCAUCUCAUUAAGACUGAAGUGAAAGGAACAAAGGAAAGAGCCAAGUCAAAUAUUAAUCCAUGUUUGUUCAUAAUGACACACCCUCAGCUCAAGGAGGAGAGAGGGGCAUCAACCUGCUGACAUGUUAUUCAUUGUUGGAAAACCAGGAAGCUGCAACAUGUGUUGGUUACAAUAAUGAACAGCGAAAGAGAAGCCUCAUUUUUCUGGAUUGUUUGCAUGCUUUUGUGUAACACACAUUAUGUUUGUUUAACUUUAUUUACAGAAAGUUCAAGUUCCUGCAAGAAAGUCAGAGGCUGGGUUUUCACAGACGGAGAAUAAACCUGCUGAACAGCUCAGCACAGCCACAGGGUGAGUAAAUUUAAUUUCAUCUAACUUUUUAGUGCAUUAGUUCCUUUAUCAGGAGAGCUACUGCUGUAUUCAGAAAAAGAGGUCAAGAAAAAGUUGAUGUUUCUGCAUUUUAUAUUUGACUCCGGUAGUUUUUUCUUCUUGGGUGGUAGGCUAGGAUCAAUAUUUGUCAUCAUUUGGGAAACUGAAUUUCAUUGUUGCUACAUUUGACUCUUGAGCUCCUGCUUUGAUAUCUGCAUCAUUUCAUCAGCAUGUUUGUGGUAAUUGUCUUGGUACUCUUAGUUUUAUCAGUUAAAGAGCUUGCAGAAGAACAGUGUAGUCUUUAUAAUCUGUGAAGGCAUACCAGUGGCACUGCCUGUGUGCAGCUGUGACAACACAAGCCGUCUUUCUGGCUGUGCUUUGUGUCGUUCGGUGGAGGCUUUUUGCUGUGGGCGAGGCAUCUGACUCCGACUGUGACACUGAGGAAGUGUUGCUCCAGUCCUCUGACAGAAUGAGGGGUUCACAAAGUCACCCUGAGGCAUGAAAUUAUCAUCAGUCAGAUCUGCUGCUUUGUAUAAUUUGAUUUUAGUUGCAUGGCUCUUUGGAUGGUAAUAUGGGUCUGUAAGUGGGUCAAAUACUUUGGUCUACUUGCAAACUGAAGAAUUUUAACAGCCAUUUAAUGAGUUUUCACUGAGUACUGUGCAGAUUUCUUAGGUUGCAGAGAAUUUUUUAAGUUUUCGUAUCUUUCAAAACACCAAAUGGAAAAUUGAAAUGAACUGUUUUCAGACUCAAGCUGAUGAAUUCUUCUUCCAAAACUGUAAAGUAACUUCAGACUUUGCUCUGGCUUAAUCUUUAGUUUAUUUUCAACAUGUACCUAACAAUGUCCCUUCUGUUACAUUUAAAUGGACUUCAUUAUUUAAGCCUGCAGUACAAAUGCUUGGUAUAUUAAUUUUUUUAACAUCCUCCAACUUGACUGGUGGAUCAGAAAGUUAAUUUCAGACUCUGUGUCCCGCGCCAGUUGUCAGGCCAUUGUUUGAGCAGCUCAGACAGUUACAGUUACAGUCAGUCAUGUCCUGAAAGAAGUUUAUCAGUGUGAUAUAGAUAUGACCUAUUAUGUGCGGCUGAUAAAGGGAUGCAUUAAUGAAGCACACACAAUGACAGUUCAAAGGUGCCAAGGACAGGCUUCUGCAUGUUGACUGUGUGGAAAUAUUUGAUCAUUCAGAAACAGACGACAAAAUAUCUUCUUACACUGUGAAUCCAAAGAAAUGUUAUCUAGUUCAGUGCCACGAGUUUCUGAAUAGUCGAAGUCGGCUCCAGUAAAAACCAGACACAGCUUAUUCAAUUAACCAAGCUCAGAGUUAUAGUUGAUUCAAUGUUUGUUGAAGACUAAACUGUCAUUUACGGGAGAAUCAGGCGAAUUUAUACAUAUAUAUUGGUAACAUCAGAAAUUAAUCUAAAAGUAUCAGCCUAUCAGAUAUUAACAAAAAUCAAAUAUUGUGCUUGUCAAAAAAUAGGACUUAGAUAAUGGGAGUUAGACAAUAAAACCCUUCAAAAACAUGAUCUGAUACGACAGCUCAUUUUAGAGUUAACUUGUUUUUAUCUAGUGGUGUCGCCCCCUGUUGGCUAUUUGUGAGAACACUGUUUUAGGUGCACAAGAAAAUGAAGUGAUAAAAAAUUUAGUUUUAAACAGUCAGCUGUGUACACUGAAAUAACGAGAUACUGAAUACUCUAAAAUGAAUGUCAACACUCUGAUUAAUCUGUGGUUUUUAAUUAUAAGAUUUUUUUUUGUGUUAAAUGUUCACUCAAACUUUGUCAGAAAAUGAAUUGAAGCCUUAAAUAGAGCCUAAAUUUCCCCAAAAUGAUCAUAUGAAGCUGUGUGUGUGUGUGCGUGCGUGCGUGCGUGCGUGCGUGCGUGUGUGUAUGUAUGUGUGUGUGUGCGUGUGUGUGUGUGCAUGCGUGCAUUCAUGCGUGUGUGUGUGUAAAGUGGUUCGGGCAGAUUGGAUCAGUGAGUGUUUGUUUUGUAGGCAGGGUGGAAAUGUUGACAGGUAACAUGAUGUAAUUGAUGAUCCUUUGAUGAUCCAGUGUAAACUUCUGUCGCAUGAAAACAGUGACAGAUUGGUGUCUUAUGUUAAAGUUAUGGCACAUGUUGGGUCACUUAACCUUGUUCUAAAGGGUUUAUCUACCACUUCAUGUAUUAAUUCAGUUUACUUCUUUCACUUAAAUCUGAGAAAUUAAAAUCACAGCUUGAGUUCCAGAGAAACAGAAAGCCAUAUUAUCAAAUAUUGGUUUGAUAGGGAAGAACAGACAGUUAUGGUUGAGAUGCCUAAAAGGAUGGGAAAAUAAAGUAAAGUAUGUUUCAAAGGUUGACCUUAAACUGUAACAGAACUCAGGCAGAACUUAAAGGUCUGAAACAUCAACAACAUGAUGAAUAUAAACUCAUAUUAAAAACAGGAAACAUUUCACCGGACAGGACAUAUUUCUCAAAACUAUAAAGCAUCUCACAACCCACAAAAGUGAUUUCAAUAAGCAGCUCGUCUUUGAUUGGAUGAAGAUCUAGACAUUAUAUGUAACUAAGGAAGUUUGUCCAACCCUCUCUAUACCCUUACAUAUUAACUCAUGCUUUCAAUAAAUAAUAUUAUAUUUCAUGAAAACAAAGAUUAUUUUAGACUCCAUCAACAUUUAUUAAAUGUUUUUUGUUUCACUGAUAAUUCAUUAGAAACUUUUUCAUUAUUAGAUUUUAUUAAUGAUUUUGUGGUCUAUUGAGUGUUUUGGGAUUUUGUGACCUGGUCUUGUGUUUCAUUAUUUAUUUUAGUGUUUGGUGAAAUGUUUAAGUGUUUAGUUUAUUGUUUUAUGCAGUCAUGAAAUGUUUGUGCUUGUUGCCUUCAGGUCCACUGUUAUUAACUUGUCCGAAGCUCAUCUCAAAUUAAGUUGGCAUGAGUUUCAAGAGAGACAAUUUUUCUGGGAUGAGCAGAUAUCUUGCAUUUGCAUAUAUAUUUUUAGCCAUUGGUUUUUGAUUCUCUAUCUUGUAACUUAAAGGGAUAUUCCAGCAUAAAAUUAAGUUAGGGUUAGAUGUCAAACACACCAGAGCACCGAGUUAGACACCCCCUCAAGAGAUGAAUGUUACCGACUGUUUGCUUCGGUACGUAGUUAUGGGGACGCCACACCUCUUGUGGAUGCUAGCUUAAGCAUCUAUCCCAGCCCCGCAAACAGCGCUGGCUCAUCUCCUGCAGUAUAUGACAUAGACAUACGUCAUAUGCAGUGACGUAUAUCUACAUCAUAUGUCCACCCCCCCACCCCCCACCCUGCUCCCCCUGCCAAAGCAAGAAAAGCUAGGGAAAACACUGUGCUGCCAUACUUGGCCUGGUCUCACUUGGAAAAGUGGUCUCAGAUUUUAUUGGGACUAACCUGGCCACAUAAAUUUGAGAUGAAAACAGCAGCAUUGUUGUUAAAUACUUUUAAGCCGAAAGUCUUAAUGCUUUGUGUUUGAGGUUUACACAGGCCUGUGUAGUCAUAACUGCACUCCACUUAGUCUGAGCCUUUUCUCCCUUGAUACCAGCUCUUUUAAGCUUUUCAUGUCCAUUAUAUUCCAGACAUUCUUGCGUUAAGCUUCGAUUACUUUGAAUCAUUCAUAAACUAUGUGUAGUGGUGAGGUUGGAUGACUUCAUGAAUUGUAACCAGUUAUUCAGGAGACUUGGUGUGUUAUCUCAACUCCCACAGGUGAAACCCAUUGACGGGUGUAAAGUAUCCACUCUUGAGCAACCCCCCAUUGUAGGAGCCACACCGUAUGACAGUCACGUUUGCAUUACAACAGCAGUACAGAGGAAGUUAUUGUUAUUGAAAGGUGUGGGAGAUGAGCUAAGGGAGGAGUGCUCCACCCAGAUAGUGUUAUGGAUACAGACGUAAAGAGACACCAACAGGUGGCUUCUGUCACAGAGAGCCAGCGGACACUCAGCACACACACUGUUACUGCUCGCCAAUGAAAAUGACUGCAGUUACACAGCUUAGAGGGUGAGCUAGUACUUCUUUUCAGUUUGUUUCACAUCGUACUGUUUGAGCUUUGUCCACCUGUUUUUUAAAUGAUUGUUUUCUAAAUUUGUUAACAGAAGCGCAUAAAGUGUGUUUUUUGUGCACCGUUUUGUCAAGUGAGAAAAGUAGUUAAAAAUGUCUGAAAUUAUCAUGCUGGUGUCUUAAAACAUGGGCAGAAUUUUUUAUGUGUUUUGGGAUUCGAAUGACAACAUGGUCUUUAAAGUUAUUAAAAAUGUCCUGAUUCCAUAGAAAUGAAUGGUAAUAAUGUCACCUUUCAUCACAAGGCAGUUGUUUCUCCUGCGUUCCCCCAGCCUCACAGUUUGUUUGUGUUAUUGCGUGCAUUUGGUUGCAGCUACACCUUCAGUAACAACAAUUCAAACGUUCUAACGUGUGGUGACAGUAAACUAGCAGCUCUUGUGUUCUACUGGAAAACUUUAUGUUUUAUUCUUGUGGAUCUGCAAAGUCAUGUAUCAGCUGACUUUAAAAAGCAUCGUACAUUCAACCUGGAAGGCCUUUCUCUGUAGGUCACCAAGAAAAUCAAGAGCUUUUCAUGGAUGUCCUUACAUCAAGUGCAUUUGUCCCCAUGUUAAAGCAAUACAGCCUGUUUCGCAACUGCCAGCUUGACCAUGACCAGUCUGAUGAAGCAAUACCCAAGGUUUUUGUUCACCUGAAAAACACUCUAAGUAUGGGGAAAUAGGGCCAAUGUUUUAAAAAACCUUGAAAACAUUUUUAAUAUCUGUCAAUAUAAAUGCCAAAAAUUCCUCAGGAAAGCUACAUCACAUGGGAACAGAUGUGGGUGUUGUUUUUUCAUUCGCUGAUUUAUAUCCCUUUUUCCAAAUAGCAACCUGAAAUGACCUUUUCUCACUUAAUUAUACAGGUGCAUUUGAAAGAAUGAGACUAUUGUGGGAAAAUUCAAUAUAUUUAUUAUAUAUGUAGUGUAAGCAAGUGAGAUUACAAUCUUACAGUUUCAUUAGCAGACAUACUCGGUUGCUGCGUCAAAGAUGUUCAUCUGAAAGAAAGUCCAACAUAAGCAAAGAUUGCGUUGCACUACCAUCAGGUUUUAAUGCACAUUUAAUUUUCCUAAGUCUACUGUGAUUGUAAUAUUGAUAAUUAUGGGUUAGUACUAAUAAAAUAAAAGUAUAUCUCAAUUCUGUCAAAAGUCAACACAGCCUGAAGUCUACCAGAAGAUUUUAGAGCAUUGAUGUGCUGGCACGCUUCAUAGAAAUGUUGAUGUCCUUCUCCAGCAGCACCUGCCCACAGCACCAAAACAACAUCAAAUUGUUAGUUGACCAUAUUACUGUACUGAACCUGCACACCAUCAUCUGGCCUUUACCGCAUUGAGAAGAUGUAGGGUAUUUGUCAAGUGGAAGAUAGAAACAGCAAAAAGUAGAGACCAGCUAAAGUCUGCCGUCUGCUGUUUGCCUCCAUGCCAUGCCAAAUUGAUUCAGUAAUUCAUGGUGAAGGAACCCAAACCAGGUACUAGGAGCAUAAAUAAACAGACUUUUCAGAAGUUGGACUUCCCUGUAAAUGUACAUCCUCUGCUUGACUGAUGUGCGGACAUGCUGUAGUAUUUUGAGAUACUGGAUGUCUCAGUGUCCUUAACUACAGGCCAGAAUUAUCAAAAUUAUAACAGGUAUCUCACUUUACAUGCAAUGAAAAGAGAAUGUAUGAAAGUUUACCUCUCACAAAAUAAAGAACUUUUUAUCAGAAUAUAAUUUCAUAUGCAUGCUAAACACUUAUCUAAUGCUGACACAUCCCUCCCUCUCAAGUACUAAACUUCUAUCCCGGGACUCAUGUUUCUGUAGAGUAACUUUCUCACAGUCUGCAGAUCUGGGGUUGCUGCAGGAGGAGGGUCGAAGCUGCAGUAACUGUUACUCUUUGGGUGACUUGUCACAGCUUGUGAGAGUUUAACUUUGGAGGUUUGAUUUAUGGCGUCUGUCGGUCCAGAAGUCCCUGCUCUGUAUCUUGUGACUCCAGAGUCAGUUCAGUUUAAUCAAAGCAGUGUGAUUUAUGAGUUAAUGGAUUCUGAGUAUUCCUAAUUGGAUUUGAAUUGUAGCAUUCAUGGAAAUGUGAUCUGUGAGCAUGAAGCCACAGUGCUUCAUGGUUUGCAUGCUUUUACUUUAUAGUCUCAGUCUCAUUGAAUUCUGUGUCCUACUGUACUGCUGGGUUUAAAAGCCCCUCCACUCAAAAAUGUGGUUUUACUCUGUUUAUGUGUCCCCUAAAACGUCUGUCCCUGACUGGACCGACUCGUAUCCAGGGAUGGAAAAAGAAAAAACAUUUUUCUUAAGUUAAAGUACGGUUACUGUGCCAAAAUACCCAAAUAUGAGUAAAACCAGUCUGUUCUCAGUUAAAGUACUGAGAACUAACUUUUGAUGCUUGGAUGUGGAGUGAGGGGAGGUUGAAAAGUAAGGUAUGACCUGAAAUUACGUAAAGCAUUUUUCCUCAGCUCACUUUUUAAGCAUAACCAACAUGGGACCAUUUAAGUAGUAUGGGCUUUGGUGGACACAACACCCAUGCAGGAUGAAUUGCAGCUUUUUCAGUUAAACACUUUUUUCAGAUGGUGGCUCUAAAGUUAAAUGAGCGCACUGUGAAUUUUCCAAUGUGAAUUUUUCCAAAAUCGUAUCAAUUCACAUUCCAAGUGUAGAGCAGUUGUCCAACAACUGGAAGGUUGGCGGUUCGAUUCCCCCCUAUCCUUAGUUUGUCCUUUGUGUCUUAGGGAAAGACAAUUAACCCACCCUGCUCCCAGUGUGUGUCCUCCGCUGGACUGUGAGUGAUGUUUGGUGGUGGUCGGAGAGACCAUAGGCACGGGUUGGCUGCCACGUUUCUGUCAGUCUGUAAAGCUUCCUGCUAAUAGAAGAAAACACUGUGGCAGACAUAAUUGUACGCUGGCAAAUCAAAGCCACACCAGAAACAUCCAGGUACAAGCUAGCAAAUUUUAGAAAAGAACGAUCCAAACUUCACUUUGCCUGUCACAGAUGUUGGUGCUCAACAGACCCCUGACCUAAAUCACGGAUACCUUUGGGCUGAAAUAUUUCUGACUGUCUCUCUUAAAUCUCCAUUAAUCAUCAGUGAACUUGGUUCUUUGAAUCGUUGAAUGAGACUUCUUUGUCAGGGAAACCAACCUAAAUAAAAUCAUGGAGUCAAUUGAAAAAAUAUCUAUAUUUAUGCUCAUAAAUGUCAGGAGGUGAAUGUUCAGUCAUGCUGGUUCAAAUCAAGAGGACAAUCACGUUAAGAUCUAUCUUCAUUAAGAGGCCUAAUAUGAUCCCUGUGCCCUCAAGAUAAUGCUUAUAUUCUCUUUGCAAGUUCACCUACAAAGAGUUAAAGUGUGAAUGUGGAUCAGGCAGGAAAAAAUGAUUCUGUCCUGCUCUUUUGCACUGGAGGAUUAUUUAUUCCUCUGUGCUGACUGCUGGGAACAGAAAUAUUCCUCUCCAGGCUGCCAGCUGAGCAGAAAACAGGGAGGAGGAGGUUUUCAGAGGAGAGGGAGACGUGUGUGUUGUCAUGCUGGCAUAAUGACAGUGGCUACAGCAGAGACGUAGAGGCCUCCUCUGCUCCACUGUGUUAUUUGAUUGAGCUGCAGAUGACAGUCCAUGCUGCCUGCCUGCUCAACACUGUGUCAUUAAAAGCUUUCUACUGUGUUCCUCAGGUUCUGUGACAGAGGACCCGGAGACUGUAAAAUACGAGAGAAGCCUGUGGAGUUUGAACACUUCCCAGCGCCGCCUCCUCCACCCAUGACAGGAGCCGACUCUGACAGCAGACACAGAGCUGCCCCUGCACCCCUGAACCACAGACCCUCAUCUAUCACCCACAACCUUGCAGAGCCUGACCCCACUGAGCCGCCGUCUGGGCCCAGGAAGAAGCCUCCUCAACGUCCAAGUUAUCCAGAGGUCAAGUCCCACGGGUCCUCCACCGGUUCCCAGAGUGAAAUUCGCACCCACUGCCCUCCUCACACUGCCCCCAACCCUGACUUUGCCCCCACCCACUCUGCAAAGGCAAAUUCUGAGCAGAGCAAAGGGCUUGUGGACAAAGGACAAGGGGCAGUGCAUCAUCUGUCAACAUCCAAUCCUCAGCCUGCCUCCUCUCCCCCGCCUUCCUCCCACAGACCUCCUGGGCCGGCCACCAUGGAGGGGCAGCGCUCCCCGUCACCACAGUUUUCCCCUCAGAGACUCAGUGACAAACCUCCAGUCUCUCUGCAGGAUGAAGACACAAACAGGUAACAUCUUCUCAUUUUUUUCAGCUGGACAUUUACUGAGAUUUACUGAGUUUAUCUGCAGCUUUCAAACUGGACAGUGUCUGUUACUCCUCCGCUCAUCGUGUCUUUCUGCUGCUCGUACAAAGGAGCUUAUUGAGACUCCCUGCCUUUGUACAAUCACCAUGUGAGUGCUAUCAAGCCACUGUAAAUUAGUGGGAUUCUCCACAUUUCUUUGAAAGCCACUGGUGCUCCAGGCGUAAUUGAGCGUCAGUGUAAACACUGCAGAAAGUAAGCUCUCAAAAACAGAAAAACAAACAAGAAAAUUACUGUUUUGAAAAAGGAAUCUUUAUUUUCCAAAAGAAGGAGGAAAUGACAAGAACCAAGAGUUUUUAAAACAACAAAAGUAUCUUAUGACAAAGAAUUGGCUCAAAUCUUAAAAGUCAUACAACGAUUCCCAAAACAAGCAAGUCUGUCAGAGAGAAAGAAUAUAUUUACAAACUCUUUUCCCUGCAUGCAGUAAAAGUGUGUUUGAAUUUAGCUUUAGAUUCAUGUAUACACAGACAAAAGUCACGGACAAAACAACUUUGCCUUUGCCUUGUUUGCCUUUGAUUGAGGCUUUUUGUAUAUAGGAGUGGGUCCACAUGCACGGAGGCUGCCAUCUUGCACUCUCAUGUUUCUACAGUAGCACAAAUGGACCAAAGUUAUGACAUACUCUUUUGAGUAUUUGGUGAACGGCAGCAAGUAGCCAGAAGAAGAAGAAAAAGGAUAGGGUGGUUGUUGUGUGCUGAAGAUUUGAUGGUAAAAACUUGAAAAAUUGAGGAUCAUACUUGUCAUGCGACACAGCAGCUUCUUGUCUUUAAAGGCCACGAUCACUCUGCCAACAGCAGGGGUGGACGGGGGAGCCUUUCAAUCCAGAAUCUUCUAGAUAUCACCAAAUAUUCCUGUGUCUACACACUGCACCUUUAAAUGCCUUAAAACUUAAAAUAACCUGCAGUCUGUCCAAUGGAUGGUUGCUCUGGUAGAAGAUGUACACAAACUUUGUGGUGGUCUUUAUGGGUUCUUCAUUUUCUAUCUCUGAACUACUUGACAGGUGUUUAAUGUCUUAGCUGGACUGGUGACCAUUUUCUUCAAAUUGGCAUCAUUACUCCACUUGGGUAAUAACGUGGACGACUUUAGAGUCAACUUGUUUAAGACAAUCAUCGCGUCUUUCCAUGUUUCAGCUGGUGUCAUUCAUGAAAUACAGCACCAUCCAUCUUGGUGAAGAAAUAUUGGUACCCUGAAGUUUUGGACCCCAGAUGCAAGACAACCCCUCUCUUUUCAAGGACAAAUAGCUGUCUGAUAUCUUGAAUGAUACUCAGAAAAGUAUUAAAUUCAGGAUGAUUUGUUCAUUUUUAAGUCAAGUUUCAUAACACUUCAAAUAACUCAUUGUAGGUAUUGAAUUGUUUUCUCUCUGUACACCAAUAGGAAAACAUCACAAAUUUAGCUCCAUGUGGGAGCUAGUUCAGUCAGACAAUUCAGGACACACCUAUUUACAUUUGCCAUGAAUAAUCUCACAGUCAUCUGACAAAGCAUCCUCAUGAUUAGGCGGUCUAUCUAAGCUGCAAGAUUUCUGGUCUCGUCCUCUGCUUUGCUAUUGCCACGGCUACCUGCAGGAGUACUGCACUCAAACUUUCCUCCUCGCCACUUCCCCAGAAUCCUCCUGUCAGCUCUGAUUAAAGGCAGGGUUUGUCAAAUUUAAUCUCGAAGGGAGUGAUGAGGUCCUGAAUUAUGUGCAGGAUGAAAACUAUGUCUGCUGCUGCAGCAAAGUUUUGAUCAGUAACUAUAAGUUGAUUGACUGAUCUGGACUCAGAUGUAUGAUUAAGAACAAAACUGAUUUUUUUUUUUGUUCAGUAUUUGAUUAAUAUCAGAAAAGCCAAAAAAUGUGAACACUGUCAAAGCUGUUUCAUAUUUGUGGUUGCACUUUUUCCAGUCCCAAUCAUUAAGUUACUCAGAACACAUGAUAAAAUCUUUAUUGAAAUCACAAACAAGACAAAAUAUGCCUGCGACAGGGUUACUUUGCCAAUAGAUGUCAGACAAGAAGAAUCAGAUAAAGCCUUGAUUAAAUGUGUUUUUGGCAGUGCUAGUGUUGGUCUGGUGUGAAUCUGGUGUAAAUCUGCCUCUGUGAAGCUGUUUGUUCAUCCUCUUGAUUCAGAGGUAAUGGAUUUCAUCUGUAGUUUGCUUCAGACGUUGCUGUAGGAUUGUAACAGUGAACAGAAACCAAAGUGGGGGAGGAGUUUUGGAUAUUCCAGCAUACUGGGCAUGGAAAAAAUCUCAGUUGCCAUCAUGCAGUGAAACUUUAAAUCAGCAUAAUGCUUAAAUAACUGCAGCAAGUGAUUUUCUUCUCCUUUCAGAGAGAAGUCUGUGCUGCUUCUGUUUGUGAUUUUCUCUCUCUUUGUGUGAUAUUUCAGGAUGGAGCACGUGAUGGAAAACCAAACUUCUACAGUAAAGAAAGUUCCCAUCAGGAUCAUCCACUCAGAGGGAUCCUUAGAGAAGGAGAACGGCCUGUUUUUGUUGCACAGUGACCCUGCAAAUGUCGAGGCUGAAGGUCCUGGUGUGACCAGGCUCAGUGGUCUGGGUGCUGCGGGACAGGACUCUGUUUUCUGUGCCUUCAGUCGGCAGAGGGAGCCUGACAGUCAGAUGGACCCACAACCCCAGAGAGACACGUACAUGACCACCGUCGGGGAUCUCAUCGGCUCUGACAGUCAGCAGCCACCGCAGCCCACAGACCAGCCCGGGAGUAACAGGGUAACCACAGUAACCACAAGACCGUCUGACGAGGACCAGAAGAGGGAGGAGCUGGCCCGAGACAUCAUGGGAAAGGAUAAGUCACUGGCUGAUAUUCUUGACCAGAGUAAGAUGAAGACCACCAUGGACCUGAUGGAGGGGAUCUUUCCUCAGGGCGAGCAGCUGCUGGAGGGGGCUCACCAACGCAGGAAGGUGCCAACCAAACAGACGGUCCACCGGCCUGCUGAGGAGAGGUGAGGCACUACCUUUGGCUUGAGAAAGUGGCAGUUUUAGCUCCUAAUGACAGUCAAAUACCUCAUGGUAUCUAAUUAAAAACACAUUUAUACUGUAAAAGCAACUGAAAGUAAACUUGUUAAAUUAAACUUUUGGUUAAAUGAGGAAAUAAGAAGAAAUAUCUUAACCUUUAUGUGAAAUGGUGUCAGAUGAGGGAUUGAGAAGGUAGCAUUACUGGCAUUACUGGCAUCAGACUCUGACACUUAGCACGACCUAAAAAUUGUAUAUAUAAUUGAGUUGUCUAAACGGAAUCUUUUACACUGUUCUAGACUCUGUGCUUGCCUGUUUACGUUGUCCUUUUCCAUUUACAUCCCUGUUUGUGUAGUUUUGUGUAAUGACCACGACUCAUUUAGUAUGCAUAAUAAACCACAAUUUCAUCCAGAGCAUUCAAAUAAAACAUUUUCCAAAAGACUAAUUUAAUUCCCCAAAAAUGAGACAAUAUUUUAUGUAAACAAGUAGUGCUCUAAUUUAGCAGCCCUACAUUUUACCUGUUGGAAAGAGGUCUGGGUUUAGUGGUCUUUCAGCUUUUUUAAACCAGCUUUGAAUUAAUGCUAAUUCAGUCAUAAUAAAACGUUACUUUAUGUUGCAAAGAACGUGUCCCUCCUGGUCAAACAGGGAGAAAAGCAAAUACACAUGAUAAAAACUGAGUUAUAGCUAAUACUCUGCAGUGUGUAAUUAUUGCACCGCAUUUGCUUAUUAAGCCAAACAGGAGCGCACUCUAAACAUAAACUCCCUUCAAGUGCACAAACAUACAAAAUCAGCACACUAAAUGUUCCUAAAAUUAGUUAUUACUAAGGACAUGCACUGAUCCACAUUUUUUUUUUCACAUCCGAUCCAAUCUCGAUUUCUGAAUUUGGAUAUUUGCUGAUUCUAUUCCGAUAGCAGAGCUCUGUUAGCUAUACAGUCAUUAUUAUCAUUAUUGUUUAUUUAUAUGAGACUGUAUGUAACUUCUCUCUACAGGCAAGUAUGUGUAUUUAUGAUUUCCUGAACGGAGGCGUGUCUCAUCUCUAUGUCUUAUUGAGACACGCCUCCAUUCAGGAAAUCUAUAGAGCAGUUUGCAGCCAGCUAGCAGACUAGCAAAAAUCAUUUGUACAGUCAUUUCAGCAGACAAAGUUAAAGCAAAGACAUGACUUAUGAAAUCGGAAAUUUUCGCAGUUUGGAUCGGAAAUUUCUGAUCCAUUAAUUACGUUGGUAUCGUAACCUGAUAAAGAUACUGAAUCGGAUCGGCCCCACCCCUACUUUGUUUCAUCUCAACACUGAAUCCUGUGAGUGUAAUUUGCAUAUUAUGCUCAUAUCAUGCAGGUCGAUAACUGAGAUCCUGUGUUAACCUGUUGACCAGCAUACUGUGUGUUUACUCUAAGUAUAUGCACUUCAUUUGAUAUGUGCAAUCCUUACACAAGACUUUUCAAUAUAGAAGCUACAACCUGUUCCUAUGCAUGACUUUUGUAGAUUUCUGUAUCAUCCCAAAAGGCAGCGACUGUCAUGCAAAACAGGACAAUAUACUUUUUAACUCUGAUGAAAGCUUAUUAACUAAAUGAUCAAUACAUACUAAUAUAAAAAUGUCCAUGUUAUUUAUGGCCAAUGGGAUGAAGCAAUGACAGCUCAUGUGCAACAACACUGAGCUUCAUUAUGUUGGUCAGUUAGAAGUACAUUGCAGUGUUGUUAACGAUGGCUUAACAGCUAUUUUCAACACUCUUAAUGCACAUGUGAUGGAAAGAGGGGCAAAACAAAAAAACACCCUUUUAACACUUCAGUUUAAUUUUACACCUUAAGAACCAUCAUUUUUAAUAUAAUUAUUAUUCAUUAAAUUCUAUAUAAACAGGAAAACUUGAUUGAGAUCAAUCAUUUCAUUUACAAGAGUUUCCUGGACAGAAAGGCUUCAGCACAGUGAAAGCACCAAAAGUUUAUGAAUCGUAAAAACAAUAAGUGCCCGCUCCAGCAGAAGCCUGACAGCAGCCUUUACUUUAGUCCGUUGUUUAAGAACCAGAGCCAGAACCAGAGAGGGGAAAGAGCUUAAAAAGAAAAUCUGGGAGUUUAUUGCUCUUGAUAAGCAGCCUUUCAGCAUGUUGGAAGACUUUCUCCAGCUAAUGACGCACUCACUGAAAUACUGUAGGUGCGUUGGAUAUCUGCACAAAUAAAACACUCUGCAUCACUAAAUACACAUACUUUCCUCAGGUUCUGUUCAUUUGUAGACAAAGAGUGUUGUGCUUUGACCUGCUCCUAUGUGUUCAUGAGAUCUGAGCAUUCCUUAAAUUAAGACAGAGCAGGCAGCCUGAUAGAAAAGGUCUGAUUUAAAAUGUCACUAAAGAGCAAAAAGGAUAGUUUCCCACCGUGGAGCUUCACAGUCUGUUUACACUGUCGCUGGUUAUAUAAGUUGCCCUGGAGCAGUGAGAAAAUAUUGAUACAGCCACCAGAACCUGUUUCAGUGUGAAAGAAAUACUGAGAGAAACACCAGUGGAGAAACAGGCCUCACCUGGAUCUUUAAAGUCUUAAACCUCUUUUGAAGGCCAUUAAAUGUCAGAAAAAGUCAGUUUUACUCAUGAGACGCCAAAAAUUUUUGAUGACUCCUGGACUGAGAUCUCUGAAUACUCAAAUCAAUAUACUGUCUGAUUAACCUUACCUUAUCAUUGUUUUGGACUUGCUUGAUUAUGUUAGUAAAAGUUAAUGAAGCUGUAAGAUAAAACACACAGUGAGUGGUUAACAGGGCAAACAAAAAAGGGUUAUUACACUUUGCUCGGCUUUGCAAAAUUGUUGUCAAACUGAUUUUAAAAAAAGCUUAAAAUGUGUAAAUUUGAUCUAAAGAGGUGUUCUUAGCGCUGCAGAAGUAUGUAGGGCAGAUGGGUUAAGGUGGGAGAGGCAAUCUCUUACAAAAGGUUGAAAAAAGACCAGUCAGUGUGUCUUCAUCAGAAUACUGUAUGUAUUUUCUCCUGUGUUUUUUGUGCAUUCAUUUAGAGGACAGUGAAUAGAGAGGAAAAUGAGGAGAGAGUGGAGCAUGACUUAUGGGGAAAGAACCACAAGCUGAAAUUCAAACCUGAGGCCUAACCCUCUUUACACAGAGAGGCCAGUGGCGCCCCUUCAAUUGGAAAGAAGUCUUAUGACCAGCCUGAAACUUCUGUAAUUGACAAGUUUGUGUACAUAGAAGGGUUAUUUAAGGUUGUUAGGCAACUAUUUGAACUGAAAUUCAAAGAUUUAUUAACAUUCUUCAAAACUUACAACUUCAAAAAUGAAAGGCUUUGUGAAAACAUUCAAAGGAGACAAGUUCACUACCUCAAAGAUGUAAAUAGUUUGAAAGAAUUAGCCAAAACAGACCAACAAAAGUCAUAGAUACACUCAGGAUCAAAUAUUUCACAUGGUAGUUUUAAAAGGCUGGUGAUUUACUGAGUUUAAUAUUGUGUCUUGUGUUAUAGGGAAAAAGAGGACAGUAUGGCUGCAGCUGUCACCAUGGUGACCAGCUCUACAUAUUACAGCACCUCUGCUCCCAAAGCUGAACUCCUCAUCAAGAUGAAGGACAUGCAAGAAGAAGAGGAGGACUCCGAGGACGAGCUGGACAUCGAUCUGGCCAACAAAAAGGUGCUUUACCCUCUCUGAGCCUGUUUCUCUUUAGUGUGCAUGUUCAAUACAUAAAAUGUGACCUUGUAAAUGUGUAACAUUAAAGUGGUUUCAUUCAAGUUUGGUAUCUUUACUCCUCUCUGCAGCAAGAGCUGAUCAACAGCCUGAGUAAGAAGCUGCAGGUGCUGCGGGAGGCGAGGGAGAGCCUUCAGGAGGACGUCCUGGACAACAACGCUCUAGGAGAGGAGGUGGAGGCUCGAGUCCAGCAGGUGUGCAAACCCAACGAGCUGGACAAGUUCAGGAUGUUUGUGGGAGACCUGGACAAGGUGGUGAGCCUGCUGCUGUCUCUGUCAGGUCGUCUGGCCAGAGUGGAGAACGCCCUUAACAGUCUGGAGGAGGACGCUACAGCUGAGGAGAGGGUGAGGGGAUGAAAUCUUAAUGACAGAAUUACAUGAAAUUGAAUAAUCCCUACAGCUACUUCCUGGAAACAAGUAGAUGCUUUUACAGACAGUCGUCUUUUUCAUUUCACACAUGCAUGCAUGACUAGAUUACUGAAAAUAACUGCCUGUCACACUCUGCAGGGUGUUUUUAAAGAUUGUCAUGUGCCAGAGGGAGACAGUUGACCUUCUCUUUUAAUCUUGUUUGCGCUCAUGUGGCUGCAGAUGUAAACAAACAGACUCUGACACACCGAGGUAAUGCUUUGCAGCAAACUGAAGCAGGAUGCCGAACAUUGACAGGACUGCUAAGAAACGUCCUGUAUGUCUGUGUAACUGUUGACAGACAUCAAAUCUAAGAGUCAGGGUCUCACCUCCAGUUCUCUGAAGAAUAGUGAACCUAAUAUCCUCAAACUUUUCUUGAUUGAAACUUGUGCUUUCAAUCUUUUUCCUCUUCAAGAGAACAAAAUAAUAAUACAUAGUUUUCUCAAUACAUCAGUCUUAAAAUUCAAACAUCAUUCAUGAAACACUUUUUGAAAUUCAGGUUACAGAGUUCUUCACAAAAGCUGCAAAAGAAAACAAGAGCCAUCAGGGAAGUCAAAAAAGAGGACAUAAAAUUAUUUUAAAGAUUUAAAGUGUGAAUUUGAAUAAAUAAAAGAAAGAAAUGUUGUGUUUCCCCUUAAUACCAUUUAUGAUCAUGUGAGGUGGUACACUGUUUUCUCUGGGACACUCAACACCUUUUAUUUUAUCCUGCAGUUUCAAAUGCACUUUUAUCCUGUUGUCUGUGCAAACAUUUAUAGAUAAAGAGAAAUAAAUAUUUCAUCUUUGAUGCACCUCGGUGUCUGGAUCUGUUAAAUGACCCUUCAGGGUGUGAUCAGACUCCUCCACUUUGUGUCCUGGACUGGUCCUGCUCACACUGACAAGGCUCUAAUUUACUGACAUAAGAUAAAAUAUGAAAUAAAAGGUGAUUCAGUCGGUUACACCUCCACAUCAGCAAACUCUUUAAAACAAUUUAUUUAUUGAUUUUUACAUGUGUGUUAUACAUUUACAUAUACAAAUACAAGUAAAACAACUCAAUCACCUGCUGACUGUAACACAAACAGCAGUAAGAGCAUGCAUACACACUUAUGACAGCACACCAAACACAAAUUUUGGUUUGGAAAAUAAGGGAACAGCAAGCAAGCAGCAAGCGGGUCCACCUAUCUACUUAAAUAAAUCCUUUACCUUAAAUAAUGUAUUUUACACCUCAAUUAACACAUAUUUAUCAUAGAUUAUUCUUUUGUUAUUAAAUUUGUGUUUUUUGGGAUACAGACCAAAAAUUAAAAAUCAAAAAUCAGAAUCCACUGAAACUUGUUUUGAAAUAUUUUUCAACCUCCUCACAAAACUUUCUGAUCUCAUGACACCAAAUGUCCAUUUCUUCUUUGCACAUUUCAUGCGUCUGGAACAACACUAUUAGACUCAUUCAGCUUACGUCAGCAGAUUCAUUACAACAUUAUUGUCCAAUUAAGCUUUAGACUACUUUGAUUGUUCUAUUGGUUGCCAGGAUACAAUCAUGCUCCUUCCUAAUGAGACCGAUUUCAGUGGUACCAUCAUUACUGGAGAUAUUACAAAAAUAUCGUUCAAGUAAGUCUCUGUUUGAUUUAUUUAGAGUAAUAGAACAAGAAGAAACAAUUCAAAAUAUAAUCUUGUAAAUCUAAUAAGACAAAUACCACAGUGUCACCAGGCAGAGGUGAAACAUGCUGGACUUCCCUCCACUCUUUGUUAUGAUAUGACGUCUGUAAUUAUGUUGGUCUUUGCGUCUCUCUUGUUGCUGGAAAUGAAAAAGUGCUAUUAUGAGGUUUUGACCAAUCAGUGGCAUGUAUUUAAUGAUACUGGGAAGCCUGAUUAUAAACUUUUAUCACUGCAGUUAUACAACAAUCUCCAUUAUAAAAGGUAAUAUUUCAUUUAAUAACCUUGAGUCUGAGCCAGAUUUCAUUAAAGUGUUUACUGAUCCUGUCAUGUUCCUUUUCUCUCCAGCGUACGCUAAUGGAGAAGAGGAAGCUCCUGAUCUGUCAGCACGAGGACGCCAAGGAGCUGAAGGAGAACCUGGACCGCCGGGAGCGCGUGGUUUAUGAUAUCCUGGCCAACUAUCUGCAGGAGGAUAGCCUCACAGACUACGAGCACUUUGUAAAGAUGAAGUCUGCGCUCAUCAUCGAGCAGCGCAAGCUGGAGGACAAAAUCAAACUGGGCGAGGAGCAGCUCAAGUGUCUGACAGACAGCCUGCCUAUAGAGCAGAGGCUGGCUUUUUGAACAUUCGGACCAUGUUAGACUUCUAUUAAAGAGCCCAAACUCUGGUGACCAAGACUUUUUCUGUUGCCCUAAGUUGCAGUUGAGCCCUGCGUCCAGCAGAGGGAGACAGAGAAUCUGCAGAGGCAAACAGCCUGGUGCAUUUUCUGACAUUUUACUUCUUCCCAUCAUCACAACACGUGGACUUUAAGCCUCCAUUAGAAACUCCCUGUGAAAGAUGCUGCUUCUCCUUGCAUCACAUGACCACUGUAUCUAAAGUCUAUCACGCCAUUUUUGCUUUGUUUUUAUUUUUUGGUUGUUUUUUUAGUAAUUUAUUGUAGCCUUUUGAAUCUGCACAGGAGGGGGACAGUAUUUUAUCUUCAUCUGAUUUCAGCAGCUGUGUUCCUGACAUGUGAGCAACUAGGAGUAUUUAUCAUGUUUGAAUAAUGUCACACUCUCAUACCAUCUUUAUCACAAUCUGGCCAGAUAUUUCAAGAAACACAAAUACCUUUUGUUAGCUUUUCUAUGUAUACACUAGUGGCCUUUUAAUAAGAUUUUGUGCCCUUGCUUUCCUCUCUGAAGACCCUUUUUGUUCUGCAAUAAAAGUAAGUAAAAGAAGUUAGUGAAUGUACCUGUGAGGAGGACCUGGUGGUUUAGGAGAGCACUUGUUCAACUUCACUGAACAGAGGAACAGCAGCACUUCACAUCAACUCCAAUGAGACCCACGUCUGAAGUGCCUGUCGAGUAACUGCCAACACUGUCCAUGUUUCAUUCACAUAACUCCUUUAGAUUUAUGAUUUUGCCACAUCUAAGAUGACCAAGUGUAUCUGUGUUUUGUCUUAUAACUUCACUGUGUUUUGUUAUCCACGGUGCAGAUGUUGAAUGCAUACUUACACGGCUGUUACUUGACUUUUAGUUCAAUUUUGUCACUAAAAAUGUUCAGGUUUGAUUUGCAACCACAUACAGAGAUGAAUCGUCUCAAGCUUUGACCAGAUUCAGUCUAAAUGUUUAGACUGUACGGAUAAAAUGACUCUCAUAAAGGUAAACUGAAUUAGAGGACGUUUGCUCUGCACAUUAGUUCCACACGCUUCAUGCACUGCUACAGCCUGACUCUCUAACACUUCACCAGCUGUGCUCCUUUAUAUCAAAUAAAGAGUCUGCUGGAAACACA